AUGACUUCCUCCACCCAUAAACACUAUCACCUGCAUGAUAUCGAUUCAGAAAAGGUUGUGGAAAGAUAUUUAUCUGCAACAUCUGAUACUUUGAUGUUGGAUGAGAUUUUAAAAUUUCCAGUCGAAGAACUUUUAAAGGAAGCUAAGGAAGGUAUGUUCACUAUAAACCAGUGCUCUCCUACCCUGUCCUCAGUGACAACCAACAGUCCAGGAUUUAUGUAUCUCCCUGUUUUAUUGCAAUGGAGAUGCUGACAAAACCUGGACUGUUGGUGGUCCAUGAGGACUGGGAUGGGGAGCACUGCUAUAGACUAUAGGCACAUGCUUUGCAUUUGCUUUUUAAUUUCACUUUGCCUUGUGGUUCCCAAUCCUCAAUCACUCUAUGCUCCAAUAAGGGGGACAUUAGUCAGAUACAGGGGACUGCCUCGAAGCAGUAUGGGGGUGGUUGCUAUUUAAGAUAGGUUUUUCACUUUCUGACAUCUGAUUGAAUCAGAUAUUCAACUUUUAUACCAUAUACCUCAAUGAAGGACAGAGCUCCUUAGAGAUCAGUUUGUUUAGAUCACUUUCAAAUAAUUUGUUAAAUAUAUACUUUUAUUGAGCCCCAGCUGCACAGCUAUGCCGCUGAAUGUGGGAACAAAAUGCCCAUAUAACAGACUGACAUCUAUUUGUUUCUUAACAAAUCAAAUCUUAUGAAAAGGUGAAAGGACUGAACACUAACAGUGAUCACUAUUGGAGCUAGCCUUUCUAAUGUGUCUUGAACCCAUUCCAAUUCCUCUGAUUCUAAAAUCUUAGGCUGCCUAAAUAAGUAAUACAGAUCCUAAUCUACCUACUAUAUCCUAUUUACAAAUCUAAGUUGAUUUGACAGCACCCUCUAUCCUCAUAGUAAGUAAAUUAAUUUUAGCAGCAUAGAAGCAUUUACCAUCUUUGAAACAUAAUAUUUAAGUUUUCCAUACUUAACUGCAACCUUGUAAGCAAAAUCUUUCAUCGAAAGCUAGCUUGAUACAAAAAACUAUCUACUAACCAGUUUUUUGGACCAAUAAGGCUGUUUCAAUGUAUCACGUUUGUUGGAACACUUAAUACACUUUUUUAUUAUUAUAUUGAUUUUUCUUUUGUUUUUUUUAAUAUAAAUAAUAAAGUCUAAGAUGUUUUAUUCAAUAAAAGUGGUUUUAACAUUAAAGGUGAUCUACUGAGAGUUACUCUGUUUUGAGGUAUCUGUUCUAAAUGCUCAUAAACUAUUUGUUACAGUUUAAUAUUUAAUAGAUUGUUAUUAAAAUGAUUUUAUUAACGAUAAAGAAAUAGACAUAUAUAGAACAUGUAAGUACAGAAAUCAUAUGUAAAGAAAAUCAUUACAAUAAUCAAUCAAAAUAAGAUUGCGAUUCAAGAGAGUAUGUUUAUUAAACAAAGAAAAAAAAUGAGGGGGUGGGAGGGUUAACUGUAAUUUUCACAUCAAGUAAAUAGCGCUAGUAAGGAGUUAGGAACUAACUAGUGGGGCAGUAGCUGAGAAUCCAAGGGAGAUCCAGGGAAAAUCUGGGAUUUUAAAUGAUCAAUCAAUUCAUGGAACAGGUGGUAUUGAAAAUAGGAAAAAGAACAUUUUGCCCAAAAUUAAAGGUUAAUUAAAAAGAGUUUUUAGAAAAAUAAGAAGCAAGGGGCGAAGAGAAAAAAAGAGGGGGAAGCAAGGUGAGAGAUUUAAAAAAAAACCCAUUAUUUAUCAAUAUAGGCAGGAAAGUAACUCUUUCGCUAGUUUUCUCCAAAAUAACCCAACCCACCCAAAAAUAAAAAAAUCCAAAGCAUAAAUUUCUGCCCCUGUAGUGGCCUUCCUAAUCCACUGGCAAUCAAUAGUCCAGCCUUUGCUUUUUCUGUACUAAGUGAUGGUCAGGACACCCCAUAUUGGUGUUUGCUAUUGGUACCUUAGAUUCAGUCAAAGGUUGAAAAUACAUACCUUUUUCACACAGUCUAAUGAUUACACAUGUAAAAUGUGCACUCAGUUUAAGGCUUCCUCAAUAAAGCCAGGGGGCAGAGCAAAUUGGCACUGUAUUCACAACUUAGAGGUUAAAGCCAUUGCAAACUGUUUAACCAAUUAAAUGGAAUCUAUAGGCAUCUAGACCACUUUAUCUCAAUGAAGUAGUCCCUCUAGUUUUAACGCUGCAGUGGAAAACCACUUGAGUCACUUCUGUAGAAAUAGCUGAGUAAAACCUAGCUAUUUUAAUCAGCUGGUGUUAUAAAGACCAUCUGAUUGGCGUAGAGUGGCAUUUUGCCAUUCAUGCACACCAGCCUUUUAAUGCUUUCCUGUGGGAAAGCAAUGGAUUGGCUGAGAUCAUCCAUGGACAGAGCAACAUGGUGUGGUAUAAAGGGUCAGUAAAUUCAUUUUUAACCCUUGCGGAGGGGGGAUCACCUUAACUGUGACUAGCACACUAUAGUGUUAGGAAUACACAUAUGUGUUUCUAACACUGUAGUGUUCCUUUAAGGUAAGAAUAUAUCCGUGAAUUCCUAGCACAAUAACAACUUCAUGGGGAUAAAGUUGCUAUGGUGCAUGGAGUGUUACUUUAAAGAACUUACAUACAAAAUACAAAAAAAAUACCUGUUGUAAUAUUAUUUUAUGUUCCUUUUGCCAGGUCUCAUUGGUGGGGAUCACUUGAUUGACAUUUCAGCUGGUCCAAGUGUAGUUCAGCUCUUCCCAAUCUUUGGAUUCUUCAAGGAGAUCUCUAUUUUAGAAUUCAGUGAUGUCUUCAUUAAAGAUGUGCAGAAGUGGUUGAAUGGCCAUGAAGAUGCGUUUGAUUGGUCUUACCUAUGCAAAUAUGUAAUGGAAUCUGAAGGAAACAGGUGACAUUUUAUUAUAAGAUAUAUAGUUAUUCUUUGACAGUAAAUGACAUUAAUAUUUGGAAUGAUGAGAUCAGUUUCAUGUGUACAAUACAAUUUUCUCUAUACAACCGCACUAAACUGAUUUUCUUCAUACAAGAAUAGUACAGUGCUUCUCUAUGGGAGUACAUUGCCAUGGCAACAACUGUAAAAACUGCAAUUUUUUCAGUCUUUACUAAGACGUGCUUCUUGAGGCUGUCUGCUUGACAAACAUUAGAGGCACAAAGUAUUUAAUGUAAAUAUUGCUGUUUUUCACAAAUGGCAAUGCUUACAUUUGUCACAGAGCAGGGAAAUCAUCUAAGUACAAAGACCACUACAUUAAGCUGUACGUAAAGUGUAUUUUAAGGAGAGGUGCCAGAACUGCCAGCAACUUCUGCUAAAUUCUUUGCUGCUGGAACCUCCUGCAAAGAGCUUCUAAUUGGCUCCACUGUGCUAAACCCUGUCAGUUGACUGCUCACAACCUAUUAGUGCAGUCUUGCAUGGCUGAGUUUAGCUCAGUUGUAGCAGCUACUGGGGAUUCUAGCAGCAGGGGAGGUUAUUACUAUAGUCAUUAUACUCAGUGGCAUACUAAGGGGGGGUGGGGGGGCAGUUCCUCCCGGGUGCCAGCAGGGUGGGGGGUGCCAUGACCAGCCCCGCCGGCCCCCCAUGCUGCAGCCGCCCGAGCGCUCAGUAGAGAGCCUCAGGCGGCUGCAGCUUUGCCCGGGCGGUGCGUCCAUGAGGGCGGACCGCACCGCCCCGGCGCAGCCUGAGGAGAGGGGCUGACAGAAAAAAUGGGACAAUAGAUGACACAGGUUUGUUGCUCAGAAAUUGUCAUUUGUCUGGUUAUUAGGGUUAUUUACUAAAGCGAAAAUUCUAAGUGAAUUAGAUGUUUUUCCAGGUGUAUAUCUUUGUCUGUCCAUAAUAGUACAGAAUAGCCAUAUUGCUAAACAUUUUUUUUUUUUAAAUAUAAAAUUAAAAACAUUAAAUAGGUGAACUGGAAACAUUCUGAAACUCAUCUAUAGACACAAUAUGGCUAUUUUAGACUAGAUUUUGUCAUUGCAAUUUCAGCUUGCUACAUGUUGGAAUUUAGUGAAUGGACUUACAUGCUGUGAUCUAUAUUUUUGUUGAGAAAUAAAAUUCUUCUUAAAGGGACAGGGUCGGCAAUACAAUCAUUUUAUCUCAUUGCUUUGGUUAUGGUGUCCGGAGUCCCUUCACACUGUUCCUCCAUUCAAUGGUAAACCAUUUCCGAGCAGUUUAACCCUAAAUGAGAUUCCAUGGCUUCCAACCAUCCGGCCCCACUGGACGUGUAGCUAAGGCAGAGGUUACUGACUUCCUUGUAACUAUUACGAUUCAUAACUGCAGUAGGCUGUUAUAGAUGCUCGGUACUCUUGUUAAGCAUUAAAACAUUAAAAAAAUGGUUUAAUGCUGAAGACAGCACAAGGAUACCCCAGCCAUUGUAACCAAUCCAAUAUUUUGAAGCAGUUAUGGAACCUACAGUGUCUCUUUAAUUCCAAAACCACCCAUGGGAAUAUAAUGGAUAAAAUAAAUAGACACAGCUUUUGUUUGCAACAAAUAAAACACAAACUUUCCUUGGCAAUUAUGUCAUUGCUAUGCAUUUGAUAAAUUAAUUGUAUUUUCAAUAUUUUUUAGUGAUCGAUUUAAAGAAAAGGAAAAUGACCUACGUAGAAGGAUCAAACGAAUCUUAAAAUGUGAUUUCAGCAAAGCCAACCCUACGGACCCGGCUGUGUUACCAAAAGCUGACUGUGUGUUGAGUUUUUAUGUGACACAUGUUGUUAGUGAAGAUCAUGAAGCUUACCGCUCUAACAUGAAAAAAAUAGCUUCCAUGCUAAAACUAGGAGGACGCCUGCUAUUAUUUGGUGGUUAUAAUGGUGCAUUUUUCACUGUUGGUGAGGAAAAGUACCAUAUUUUAGGGUGCGAUGAAAAGUUUAUAAAAGAAGCUCUGGAAGAUGCAGGUCUUGCGAUUGAGCGAUGUGAGGUGCAGAAAAGUAAAAUAGACAAUGAGGUGCUAGCUUAUGAUCAUCUUUGUUUUAUUAGGGCUGUCAAAAAGGAAAAUAUCUAACAAUGGGAUAAAAUGAGCAACUAUUUUAAAUACAUUGCAUAAAUAAUUCAAGAAAAAAAAAUACAAUUAAAUAACUUUUAAACUUCCGAAUGUUAAUGCCUAACAAUGGGGUAAAAUGAGCAACUAUUUUGAAUACAAAUGCACUAUUAAUGCAUUACAUAUAAUGCAAGAAAAAAAUAAUACAAUUAAAUAACAUUUAAAGCUCUGAAUGUUAACGGAUAUGUCAAUGUAAUAAUUACAGGAAACCCCUCCAAACAGCAAUUAGUAAUUAAUAGCAAAUGAAAGAAUGAAAUUAAUUUUGUCAUGUAUUUAAAAUGGAAAAGCAGUAUGAUCUAGGCACUCAAAAUACAUACAGUAACAUAUUUAUUCAAAAGUCGUAACAUGAACAAAAACUUCUCGACCUUCAAUUACAUUGCUUUUUCUACUUAUGUAUGGGGGUCACCAGCCUUGGGUCUGGUUCUUCCCCUAGGAUUAGUAAGUGAGAAAUGUGCAGACUCCCUUUUCCUUUGGAAGAUUACAAUUUAACUAAAAUGGGACAGAAAGGGAAACACCUGUGUCAUCUUUUUUUGUCUAUUACUAUAUUUUGUGCUUUAAAAGUGAUCCUUCUGGUUAUAUUAUUAGGGGUGAUGUGAUUUUAGAGCUCUUCAUUAUUUAGGGUCCAGUAACACGUCUUGUGAUGUCAUAGGUGUAAUAUUCUCUGAGUACACUCGUGUGUAAAGUACUCUGAGGCAUCAAUAUUGCGAACCUCCGUAACAUUUCAUUCACUAGUGUAUUAAUGUAACUGAUAUAACCUUUAUCAUUUCAAUAGUUCAAUAAAAUGAAUCAUUGAAAAAAAUAACUGGAAAUCCGAUGUGUGUCCUUAAUAAUAAUUACAAUAAUUCUUCAUUCUCUUUCUUCCUGUAUGAAAUGUCACUCUGCGCUGUGGUUGUAAUCUCUGUAUCCCUUCUCCAAGCAUUUACAAUCAGUAUGACCAAUUAAAAUAAUCUCUCUACUGCUAAUACUUGUCAUUUACACAUAUAUAUAUAUAUAUAUAUAUAUAUAUAUAUAUAUAAUUUCACAAAGCUCCGAACUCCACCCAUGUAAAAACUGUAAAUUUACUUGCUGGUGCUCAUUAACAGAUCUUCAUAAAAUAUUCUCAUUCUUAGUUACCCGCACUCUUGAAAAUAAAACAGAAGAAGGAAAAACCUGUCAUUCAUCUUCUGUCUUUAGCCUCAUUUUGGCUAAAACCAGACAGGUUGGUGCCAAUACAAGUUUGCCUGAAUUGACAGUAAAUAAACCAGCAAUAAUCUCCUUAAAGAUAGAAUUAAAAAAAACUAACAAGACUUUGCAUUUUUUACCUGGUGUAUUAUUUGGUACUUAUAAACUGAGCUUUACAGCCUCUUUGGUCAUUUAAGUUGAUCAUACAAAGACCAAGAAUGACUUCCUCCACCCAUAAACAUUAUCACCUGCACCAGGGCAUCUUUAUUAUUGAUUGGACUCUGGGCAAGCAUUUGCAUGGCCCGCCUGGACCCACUCCCUGAUAUGCAAUCAUGCUUUCCACCCCAAAGCAGUGGUGGAACUAAAGUAGUAAGAGACCUGGUGCAAGAAUUCUAUUUGGCCCCCCUAUCUGUCAUGCAACUCCAACAAUGCUUUGACAGCUGGAGCUCUACCAAUUCCCCAUGCUUUCAGAGUUGCAUUUAGCAUUGUUUUUGUGUGUUUGAACGUAUGUUUAUGUAUGGAGUAUGUUUAUGUGAAUGUGUUUGUAUGUGGUGUUGGAGUUUGAAUGCAAACAUGCAUUUAUGUGUAGUGUUGGUUUCUUAAUGUAGGGGUGUGUUUAUAUAUCAUUUUGGUGUUUAACCCCUUAAGGACUGGACUGUUUUUGCGAUGUUGUACAUUUGCGACCAGGAAUAUUUUUACACUUUUCUGGUGUUUGUGUUUGGCUGUAAUUUUCCGCUCUCUCAUUUACUGUUCCCAUACAAAUUAUAUAUUGUUUUUUUCAGGACAAAAGGGGCUUUCUUUACAUACCAUUAUUUAUAUAAUCUCAUGUAUUUUAAUUUAAAAAAAAUAAAAAAAUCUGAUGAAAAAUUGAAAAAAAUACAUGUUUUUUGACUUUUACUUGAAAAAUCUUUUACUCAUCUACAAAAGCGAAUGAAAAAAACUGCUAAAUAGAUUCAAAAUUUUGUCCUGAGUUUAAAAAUACCCAGUGUUUACGAGCUUUUUUGCUUUUUUUUGCAUGUUAUAGGGCUAUAGGUACAAGUAGGAUAUUGCGGUUUCAAAACAUGCAUUUUAAAAAUUUAUCAAUAGUGACAUUGUAACACUAUUAUCUGUCAUAAAUCUCUGAAUAACACCCCACAUGUACAUAUUUUUUUUAAAGUAGACAACCCAGGGUAUUCAAUAUGGGGUAUGUCCAGUCUUUUUUAGUAGCCACUUAGUCGAAAACACUGGCCAAAGUAAGCAUUCAUAUUUGUUUGUGUGUGAAAAAAGUAAAAAAACUAAAUUGAACGCUAAUUUUGGCCAGUGUUUGUGACCAAGUGGUUACUAAAAAAGACUGGACAUACCCCAUUUGCAAUACCUUGGGUUGUCUUCUUUUGCAAAUGGUAUGCCAUCAUGGGGGUAAUUCUCAUUCCUGGGCUACCAUACGCUCUCAAAGGCAACGUAACCAACCUGGCCAUUUUCAAUGUAAAAAUAUUUGACCCAUGUAUUUGACCUUGUAACUUUCAAAAAUGCUAUAAAACCUGUACAUGGCGGGUACUGUUUUACUCGGGAGACAUCGCUGAACACAUAUAUUAGUGUUUAAAAACUGGAAAACGUAUCACAACAAUUAUAUCAUCAGUAAAAGUGCUGUUUGUGUGUGAAAAAUGCAAAAAAAGUAACUUUCACUGACAAUAUCAUCGCUGUGAUAUGUUUUACUGUUUUGAAUCACUAAUAUUUGUGUUCAGCGAAGUCUCCCGAGUAAAACAGUACCCCCCAUGUACAGGUUUUAGGGUGUCGUAGAACGUUACAGGGUAAAAUACAGUGCUAGCAAAUUAAAUUCUCUGGACUUUCGGCCUGGGUUGGCAGGCAGGUCCCUCAAAUUGCAAUCAAUAAAAUUACUGAAUUAUGUAAAAAUAUUACAUAAAUACGCACGUAGAAUUUAAAUAUAUAUGCAUAUUUAUAUAUUUGAAGUCUACGUGUAUAUUUAUAUAAUUAUUUAUGUAAUUUUGUAUAUGGACAUAUGUAUAUUUCUUAUUAUUUUUAUUUAUUUUUAUAUACAUAGAUAUAUAUACAAAUUCAUUCUAAGUGUAUUUUGAUAUAAAUAUAUAUAUAUUAAUUUUAAAAUACAGUUAGAAUAAAAUUUCAUAUAGCUAUAUAAUUUUUUUAAAAAUUUUUAUUAUUAUUUUUAAAAAUUUUUAUUUAAUUUAAAUUACUUAUUAUUUAUAUUUUAUAAUAAUAUAUAUAUACAAUCUAUAUAGUUAUUAUAUAUAUUAUAUAUAUACGUGUGUAAUUUAAUUAUAAGUGUAUUUUUAUUUUAAUAUAAGUACAUAUUAAUAUAAAAAUACACUUAGUAUGGUAUUAUAUAUAUGAUAUAUAGACAUAUAUUAUAUAGAUAUAAUAUAUGUCUAUAUAUCAUAUAUACACAUAUAUAAUUAUUAUUUUUUUUUUAUUAACAUUAACUUUAUUUUUUUUUUUGAUUUUACACAUGCAGGGAGACUGCCUGUCAGCACAGGCAGUCCCCCUGCAGGCAGCACUAUGGACACCCAUUGUGACCAUGUGAUCGCUAUGUUAAGCAAUCACAUGGCCACAGGGGUCCUAAAUCAGUGUGGGGAGACUGUCUGGGCUGCAGGCAGUCUCCCCACACCGGGAGCAACACUGAUCGCCGCCGGGGGAACGACGGCGAUCAGGUAAGUAACGGAAACCGUUAGGACGGUUCAGGACCGUCAUCGGUCCGCAAUGGGAAAAUCCCGAUGACGGUCCUGAACCGUCCUCGGUCGGGAAGGGGUUAACACAGAGUUGUGUUUGUAUGUAGUGUUGACGUUUCAAUGCAGGAGUAUGUUUGUAUGUAAUGUUGAAGUUUGAAUGGAGGGGUGUAUUUGUAUUUACACCCUGUUCCAAAUUAUUAUGCAAAUUAUAUUUUUCUCAUUUAGCUAAAUAAUUGAUGUAAAUAACAGUCAGCAUAAUUCUCAUGUUAUCAACUAUUAAGAGUACAAUUCAAAUUUUAUUGAACAAACCUCCUAAUGAUAACAGUAUUUUUUUUUAAACAUAAAAACUUACAAUGCACUGUUCCAAAUUAUUACGCACAGUAAGUUUCAAAACACUUUAUAGGUUGUAAAGAACUGAAAAUUGUCAUUUGUUGUGCUUGCAGCAUAUUUACUGAAAUCAAAAGCUAUUUCAAUCAAACUUAUAACAACAUUUUAACUUUUUAAACAUUUUAACAGGUCACGUUACAUUUUAACAUAGGAACCCUUAUUUGAUAGCAGCUUCACAAGUCUUGCAUCUAUUGAACUUGUGAGUUUUUGGACAGUUUUUGCUUGAAUUUGUUUGCAAGAUGUCAGAAUAGCCUCCCAUAGCUGCUGUUUGGAUGUAAACUGCCUCCCACCCUCAUAGAUCUUUUGCUUGAGGAUGUUCCAAAGGUUCUCAAUAGGAUUGAGGUCAGGGGAGGAUGGAGGCCACACCAUGACUUUCUCUCCUUUUAUCCCCAUAGCAGUCAUUCAUGCAGAGGUAUUCUUUGCAGCAUGAGAUGGUGCAUUGUCAUGCAUGAAGAUGAUUUUAUUACGGAAAGCAUAGUUCUUCCUUCUGUACCAUGGAAGAAAGUAGUCAGUCAGAAACUCCACAUACUUUGCAGAGGUCAUCUUUACACCUUCAGGGACCCUAAAGGGGCUUACCAGCUCUCUUUCCAUGAUUCCGGCCCAAAACAUGACUUCACCACCACCUUGCUGACGUCGCAGCCUUGUUGGAACAGGUUGGCCAUCCACCAACCAUCAACUACUCCAUCCUACUCCAGGGUCCAGAUGGAUGGAGUAGUUGAUGGUUGGUGGAUGGCCACCCUGUUCCAACAAGGCUGCAUUAAAGGGACACUAUAGUCACCAAAACAACUUUAGCUUAACAAAGCAGUUUUGGCUGUUCUACAUAGUUGCAUGAUUUGAUCUUUAACUUUGCUAGAAAAGCAAUGAACUAUGACAUCUCUCGCUACAGUCUCUUGGAGAUUUGGUGGUCUCAUCCCUCUGUGGCAUCUCUCCAAUAUAGGAACUUACAAUGUUGUCUUGAGGUACCAAUUUCCUCAAAAAUUCAAUUACAAAUUCUUCCAACUUAUUGUUUGUUAUUUGUUCGGCUAUAUCUCAGAGUCGUAAAUUAUUUAUUUUAGAUUGAUCCAUUAAGUCAGUCAGCUUUAGUGCUUUUUCCCCAAUUGGGCUUCAAAAUAUGUAUUUACCUAUUCUUUACCUAUUACCUGCAGUAAUGGUUGAACUUCUUCUAUGCAUGGGAUUUUGAGGGAUUCUUCAUUAUUUUCUCUUUCUGUUCUAGUAUCCCCUUUAAAGAUAUUCGUCUGCGUCUCUCUGUCUUGUUCUGUUCUUGAGAUAUGGGGAGGCGUAAAAAAGAGAGACGGUUUUCUGUUUUGUUAUCCCCCUUUUUUGGGUAUUGGUUUAUUUUUUUGACUUUUUUUUAAGUCAUAUUCUUGGUGUGUCAGCCGAGUCUUAUAGUUGUAAUAGACCCUAGUCUUUUCAGCCAGAAAAAUGUAUGGGUGCUAGCAGACAAACUUGUUUAGUAUUCCUUUAUUUAGAUUACAAUUGAGCAGUCACCUUUAACCACAAGAUUAUUUUGUUCUUUACUAACCAAUAAAAAAAAAAAAAAGUCAGCUUAACAAUAGUCAAUAGAUUCAAUAUCCUUCAGGCUAUAUCAGGCGAGCAAUUUAGACAGAAGUGAUAUUUCUUAAUAGCCUUCAGGUUGUAACAGCUAAACAGUUUGGCAGAGAUAGUAUUAAGCACUAGCCUUCAAACUUUAUCUGCCAAAGUGGAAAUAUUGAGCCGUAGCCUUCUGUUUUGAAUAGGUGGGGCAGCAUUUCAACCUUGGACCAAGGCAGAACAAUGUCAUGGCCGGACAUGACCACAGCUAUAACUUGUAUGUUGGUCAAAAAGGAAAGCCAGGGAUGAUGCCCAUAACAAUUUUAGUGCAAUUUUGCAAAAUAUAAAAUACCAGUUUGAACUCCAUAUAUAUUAAUCUAACUAUAAUUAUUAUGGUGUGCUUGGUGCCCAUAAUGGGAUAUUAUAAGUAACCCAAUAUUGGUGUACACAGUGCCCAGAUUGGUAUUACAUAUGUUACGUAAUACUGGUUGUAUUGGACAGUUUGAUGGAAGGGUCCUUUUAACUCUACUUAUGAGCGAGAUAAAAAAAAAAAAACAGUUAUUAAAGCAGCACUGUCUUGGCCACAUCCAUCUUUCUUUUAACCCCCUCCCGAUUCCACUACAUCGAAUUGUGCUCUUAGUAGCCCUAAAAUUCCCCAGCCACUUGGGUUGUCGAUUUAUUUUUUACAGUUAGCCCCCACCUGUCGAUCAUGGAUUGGUCUGGGGGGGAGACUGUAGGUCCUCCCCUUUUGUUAUUUAAGGGCCCCCACCCGCAACCCAUGUAUGGAGGCCAUGGGGGGGGGGGGAUAGUAGAGACAAUAGGUCCCCUGUUUAGUUAAGUGGCCCCCACGGGUGAGUCUCGGGGGGACACCAUGACCCACUGUUAAUUAUUUGAAUAGAUUUCUUUAUUAAAUUGGGGGGUCUUUUUUUUUUCAAACUGUGAGCAGCUGUGGUAUAGUGAGUAGGAGCAAAAGGGAAUUUUUUUGUCCAAACACGAAUAGACCAACUGUACACAUUCUGUACUAAAUUUGGUAGUUUCACCGGUGGCCUGUCUAAAUGACAGGACAUUUGAACGGCGAAUGAACAAAAGCGAGAACACGGAGGAAAAGUAAGUAUGAUGGGAAAAUUUAUUUAACCCCAGGAAAUGGAGUGGACUUAAGCUCUUCCUUGGGUCAAAGAUGGUCAAGCAUAGAAAAAAUACACAAGACAAAAUAGUCCCUAUAAAAGAAACUACAUCAAAAAGGUAGAAAAGAAGAACAGAUCGUGAGAGAGGGAGAGAAGAGGAAGCGAUUGGGGAAAGGUAAGUUCGACAUGACAGUGCCGCUUUAAAUUAAAAUUCCCUUAAGUUUUCACUGGAUCCUGUUAAAGUGUCUGAUUGUGCACUAAUGAACUCACACACAUAUCUUUUUUACACGCAUAUAAAGCAGAAGGAAAAACAUACUAUCACAUGUCAUUCAUCUCCUGUCGUUAUCUUUGCUUGCCUCAAGUUAAACUAAAUAAAAUUGCAAUCAUCUCCACAAUAAGAAAAAAAAAGAAGAAAAACAAACUUGACCUAGACUUAUUUCACCUGGGGUCUUAUCAGAUACUUAUAAAAUGAAUUUCAACCUAGAUUUUUAGUUCAAACUGUAAUUACAGCAUUUUUGGUGCAUCUAACUUGAUUAUCCAGAGGCUAAGAAUGACUUCUUCCACCCAUAAACACUAUCACCUGCACAAUAUCGAUUCAGAAAAGUUUGCAGAAACAUAUUUAUCUGCAACAUCUGAUGCUUUGAUGUUGGAUGAGAUUUUAAAAUUUCCAUUUGACGAACUUUUUAAGGAAGCUAAAGAAGGUAUGUUCAUAUACGAUUCAAUACAGUUUAACAACAAGUUUUGUAAAAAGUGUCAGCACUUCAGAAAAUCUUGUUAGAAAAAUUGUUAGAAAAAGGAAAAAAAAUGCAAAUUUAAAACCAUAUACACUUAUAGGUAUAGUCUUUUCCCCCCUCACAAUGGUAAGUAUGCCUUAGCAAAACAAAUUCACUGUGUGCCUGAUACUUUGGUCAGGAAUAGGGUGGUGUUGAAAAUCCACAGCUUAGUGUUGCAGUUAUGAUCUAGCAGAAAUUUGUCUAAGCGGGAUAUUCUCAAACACAGUGUAUUAGAAAAAAUAUAUUUGUGUAGAAGUAAAAAUAUAAAGACAAGAAGUAGUAACAAAUUCAAGAUGUGGUAUAAAGUUCAAAUCAUAACCACUAAAUAGUCCAGUGUAAGCAGUUGAGCAGUAGAGUUACCCUUUCGUUGAAGCAGUAGACAGUUCUCUCUUCAAGCCGCAAUGAUGAAAGUGAAGACCGGAGGGACGCUUUUAUCUCAGUCCACUGCAAAUUACUGCUGGAACUGGAGAAAUGCAGAUGAAUAAAAACUUGAUCCUCAGCUCAUCAACGCAUUUCGCCCAUGCUUGGCGGGCUUUUUCAAGAUAGUGAAGGAUCCUUGGCUCAUAGUAUAUAUAGCCUCUAAGAUUGUGAUGGCUGUCAAAGUUUCUUAAAAGGUACAUACGUCCUUCUAUGGCAAACUUUUUAUGUGUCAGCCAUCAUUCCAUUGAAAUAAUACAGUGCAUCUAUCUGUUUAAGUAUACAGACAUUGAUAUAGUAGUGUACCAUAAACCAUAUAUAAAUUAGACGACAUCUGAAAAUCAAUAUACAAAUGCAUCUAAUUAAAAAAUAUAUUCAGUAACAGAUUAUUGCAAUAACCAUAAGAAUUAGAAGACGUUCAUAAGUAGAGUUGAGCGGACACCUGGAUGUUCGGGUCCGGCGGGUUCGCCGAACUUUGAAAAAAAGUCCGGGUUCGGGCUCGAACUUGACCCCGAACUUGACCCCGAUCCCUAUUGAAAUCAAUGGCGACCUGAACUUUUGGCCACAAAAAUGUAUCUAAAAACUCCUGGAAAGAGCUAGAGAGCUGCAAAAGCAAGUAAAAUGGGGGUAAGAGUAGGACAAGUGCCCUGCAAACAAAUGUGGAUAGGGAAAUCACUUAAAAUAACAUAAAAAAUAAAAAAUACAGCUGAGCCAUAAAAUAGCACUAGAUGGAAUCUUUGAUUUUAGCUUUGGAAGAACAUAAAUCAAAAUCUAAAGCAUGGCUGUUAGGAGGAUCAACAGAAUUAUCCAUUUGAGAGAGGGUUGGAGUGCAGGGUAUUCUCUUUCAUUGUUCAAACUGAGCUCAACUCCUGAUGCAUGGAGAAAAGGCCUUCACAAGCCUCUGCUAAUGUGUACCUAGUUUAUACUAAGUGACCCAUAGGUUGAGGAGGUGGUGACCGUGGCGGUGGAGGUGGAAGCAGCGGUGGAGGAGGAGGUAGCCAACACUGUUUUUUUUAUAUAUAUAUUUUUUUAUUUUAAUUGUGGUAGCCCACAAAACAUUGGGACAUACAAAAAAUAAACAUUUGUGGCCUGCGCUGCAUUUCUUGCAGUCCUGAUGCAUAGAGAAAUGCUCAACUCCUGAUGCAUGGAGAAAAGGCAUUCACAAGCCUCUGCUAAUGUGUACCUAGUUUAUACUAAGUGACACAUAGAUUGAGGAGGCGGUGACCGGGGCGAUGUAGGUGGAAGCAGCGGUGGAGGAGGAGGAUGAGGUAGCCAACACUGUUUUUUAUGUUUUUUUUUUUGUUUUUUUUAUUGUGGUAGCCCACAAAAUAUUUGGACAUACAAAAAAAGAAACAUUUGCGGCCUGUGGUGCAUUUCUUGCAGUCCUGAUGCAUGGAGAAAUGCUCAGCUCCUGAUGCAUGGAGAAAUGCUCAACUCCUGAUGGAUGGAGAAAAGGCCUUUACAAGCCUCUGCUAAUGUGUACCUAGUUUAUACUAAGUGACCCAGAGGUUGAGGAGGCGGUGACCGUGGCGGUGGAGGAGGGUGAGGUAGCCAAAUCUGUUUUAUAUAUAUAUAUAUAUUUAUUUUUUUUUAAUUAGGGUAGCCCACAAAAUAUUGGGACAUAUAAAAAAAAAAGACAACUUUGUUCCGCCGAGUAGCUGUUGACAUUAUAGUUGCGCAGGCACUUUGUUAACUCUAGAGAACCUCGGGCCAAUCGCACAUCCCCGUGGCAACGACUUUGCAUGCGGAUGUCACCCAUAUAAACUUUCGAUGCCAGUUUCUGCGCCUACCAUGAUGACCACGGGUAACGGGGAAUCAGGGUUCCAUUCCGUACAGGGACCCUGAGAAACAGCUACCACAUGCAAGGAAGGCAGCAGUAACGACAAAUAAAGGCAGCAGUGACGACACUGCUCGCACAGUGUCAUGAGGCGGUGAGCAGGAAGGCCGAAGUUACGCUGCAGAGCAGACAGGCGUAAGCGCGCACAGCCGCCAUAGUGAAUGUCACAUCCUGUUCCAAGUUGCGGAUCAGUCUGGUGAUGGCUUCUGGUAUCCAGUACUCUUUUUAUUGAAGCUGAAUCAGGGUCCUGGUAUGUGGCCGCACAAAUGCUGGUGCUCAACACCAGGGGGCAUGAGGUUACCCUGCACCAGACCUUGCUAAUCCAUUCCACACUGUGACUCCUAACUUCAACAACAGGCAUACUGGGUCCUGGUCGUCCGACCGCCGCCCAGACAGUCCUGGUCACCGGACUGCCCACCUCACUGUGAAACUACAAAUGGAUUGUUAAAUCUGGUACGUGUGUUUUUCCAGCAUGUAAAGUCUGCAAAGGACAUAUGGAAAUUGUUUUAGAAUUGUAUCCAGGCUACCCUAUAAACUGACCUCUCAGUUUGACUUGUGAGGGUAUUGCCCCAGAAUUACAAUAUUGUUGAAGUACCUCUAAGCUAUUGAUCACUGGUUUAAAUAUAGCAGCUUGUUAUCUGGUAGUUUCUAGUGUAGAAAAUAUCAAUCUGUUUUCUAUCACUUAGAUCUGUGUAACAAGUGUUAUAUGUUACAAGUGACCGAUGUAGUAAAUUCGAAUCAAAGUUCCAUUUGCAAAAACAAUUCUCGCUCAUCUUCUGUGGGUUAUUGCAUUUUUAAAAUGUAGACUUAUUGUAUCACACAAGCCAUGCACAGGUAGAUUGUUUGGCACGUUGUUUUGGUGUUUGUUUUUUAACUUUGUAGUUGUGUUACACAACAUAGAAAUGUAUAUUAAUGCUUCUGUAUAUGAAGCGAUCACAAUAACACUUAUUUUUCACUUUUUAUAAAAAAAUCAGACUACACAAAAAUUGGUAAUUCGCAAUAUGACAUCUGAAAAGCACAUGAAAGGAUGCUGUAUGAUUUUUUUUUAAAAAGAAUACACUACAUGAAGGUAAUGUUCACUAUUCACUAGAGUGUGUAGUCAUGAAUGUAACCAGUAAAACUUUGUUGUUUACAGCCACUGGUUGGCCCAUACAUAUUUUAAAACUUGUUUAAUUUUGUUGUAGCAUGACUUGUAGAUAUGAAGAGCAUGCCCCAAAAUGUACUAUUUAGCAGAUUAGCAUCCAGAAAAUUCGAAUUUUUACAAGUGUGCUGUAAGCACACUAUUAGACGCUUCUAUUUGACUUUCCCUACUAAAAUACUAUUUAGCAGUUUAGCGCCCCCAAAAAAAUUAAGUUUUAAACUGCAAUGUGACAGCAGUAUUUGACACUUCUAUUUGACUCUAAGAUAUGAAGAGCACACCCAAAAUGUACUAUUUAGCAGUUUAGCAGCAAACAAUUUGAAUGUUUACAAUUGCGCUGAAACCGCAGUAUUUGACACUUCUAUUUGACUCUCAGAUAUGAAAAGCAGGCCACAAAAUGUACUAUUUAGCAGAUUAGCACCCAGAAAAUAAAAAUGUUUACCACUGUGCUGUAAGCACACUAUUAGACGCUUCUAUAUGACUCUCAGAUAUGAAGUGCACGCCUCAAAGUGUACUAUUUAGCAGUUUAGCGCCAACACAAUUAGAAUGUUUACAACUGCGCAGUAAGCACACUAUUAGACGCUUCUAUUUGACUCUCAGAUAUGAAGAGCAGGCCACAAAAUGUACUAUUUAGCAGAUUAACACCCAGAAAAUUAGAAUUUUUACAAGUGCGCUGUAAGCACACUAUUAGACGCUUCUAUUUGACUCUCAGAUAUGAAGUGCACCCCACUAAAAUACUAUUUAGCAGUUUAUCACCCCAAAAAUGUUAAGUUUUAAAACUGCAAUGUGACAGCAGUAUUUGACGCUUCUAUUUGACUCUCAGAUAUGAAGAGCACACCCAAAAUGUACUAUUUAGCAGCAAAACUAUUUGAAUGUUUACAAUUUGCGCUGUAACCGCAGUAUUAGACGCUUCUAUUUGACUCUCAGAUAUGAAGUGCACGCCCCAAAAUUUACUAUUUAGCAGUUUAGCACCAAAACAAUUAGAAUGUUUACAACUGCGCAGUAAGCACACUAUUAGACGGUUCUAUUUGACACUCAGAUAUGAAGAGCAGGCCACAAAAUGUACCAUUUUGCAGAUUAACACCCAGAAAAUAAGAAUCUUUACCAAUGCGCUGUAAGCACACUAUUAGACGCUUCUAUUUGACUCACAGAUAUGAAGUGCACCCCACUAAAAUAAUAUUUAGCAGUUUAGCACCCAAAUAAUUUUAAGUUUUAAAACUGCAAUGUGACAGCAGUAUUUGAUGAUUCUAUUUGAGUCUCCGAUAUGAAGUGCACCCCACUAAUGUACUAUCCCACUAAUGUACUAUUUAGCACCAAAAAAAUUGACUUUUUUUAAACUCCGAUGUAACCGUGGUAUUUGAAGCUUCUAUUUGACUCUCAGAUAUGAAGUGCACCCCACCCCACUAAUGUACUAGUUUGCAGAAUUCUUGUCCCUAUCAGCGGAAGCAUCCUUUACCUACACUAAUAAGUAGGAUCUAUUGGUUUUAUAUGAUUUAAAACUAGUUGUUUUAACAAAAGGUGGCCCUGUCAUCUUGAAAAUAUUGCACUGACCACAUUUAUAAAAACCUUUAUUGUCAUCUAAAAAAAAAAAAAAAUUUGUCUCAGGGGCUUAAAAAGUGUGUACUAUUUUUUUUAUAUAUAGUUGGUGCUCCUCUAAAAAAUAUAUUUGGUUUUUGAAGUAUAAUUGUGCCUAAAGUGGGGUCCUGAAGUAGAAAAUGAAAUUUUUUUAUUAAUUAUUUUUCUUAAAUAGCAGAUUGUGAACUGUAAUUAAAAAUAAGGGGACAAUUACAAUUGUUAUCAACCGUUGUUUUGGUCCAGAGAUUGUAAUAUUUGUAAUCUCUCCAAAAUUAUUAACUUUUUGUAUCGAUUUCCUUAAUAGAUCUUUGCUAUAGUUUUUUUCUUCUUCAAAUUGUUGUUUAAAUAUUUCUGUUUGCUGAUGGCAGACUAACCCGUCUGCACAGUUCUUUUUAAUUCUGCGAAAUUGUCCCAAAGGGACAUUAAUGGUCCAAAACAGGUAGUGACAACUAGAAUUCAGGAUAAAACUAUUAACAUCCACACUUUUAAAGAAAGUCCUUGUUUUUAGGCCAUCUUGAUCAACAUAGAGCACUAAGUAUAAAAAAUCUAUUUCUGAGCGGUGGUAUUUGUAAGUGAAGGAUAAAUUAAAAUCAUUUGUGUUAAUAUACUUUGAAAAUUCUAGUAAAAGUUCUUCUCAUUCCCAAAUAAAAAAACAAGUCAUCUAUAUAGCAUCUAUAGAGGACCAGAUUUGCCACCCAGGGAUGACUCUCCCAAAUGAACAAUUGUUCCCAGAAGGUCAUGAAGAUGUUGGCAUAACUGGGUGUGAAUUUAGUCCCCAUAGCCGUGCCUGUUACUUGUAUAAAUAUAUAUAUAUAUAUACAUAUAUAUAUAUAUAUAUAUAUAUAUAUACAGGAAAGUAGAAAAUAGCACUCUAAGGACUUCAAAAAGGUAUUGUGAAAAAAUAACUUAGCUUUUAUUCAGCAACUGCCACAAUAUUUCAACGUUUCAGUUCUAUAGCAGAACUUUCGUCAGGAUACCUUUUUGAAGUCCUUAGAGUGCUAUUUUCUACUUUCCUGUAUAUAUUAUUUUGCUUGAUCAGCACCGGGCUUUAUGAGAAUACAACUGGAGUGCAAGUAUUUGGAUAUUUUAUAUAUAUAUAUAUAUAUAUAUAUAUAUAUCUUGAUUGUACCAAAAAAAAUUAUUGGUUAAUAUAAAAUUAAUACAUUCUAUUAAAAACUCUAUCUGCUCUAAAUGCAUGUCUCCUUUUUGAUAGAGAGUAUAUCGGAUUGCUUGAAGACCUAAAUGAUGUUUGAUAACAGUUUAUAUUGAUGUAACAUCACAUGUUACAAGCCAGAGAUUCUUGCUCCAUAAUUUACCCUCUACUAGUGUAAGGAGUUCUCCACUGUCUUUUAAAUAAGACUUCGACGUCUAAACAUAAGGUAGUAGGAGAACGUCUAUGUAUUGAGAUAGAUUAGCAGUCAAGGAGUCUAUACUUGAAAUAAUUGGUCUACCAAGGUUUUUUUUGAGGUUUUUGUGCAUUUUUGGUAGAAAGUAAAACACUGGUUUGAUAGGGUGUGUGAUUGAAACUUAAGUAUAUUCUUUUUUAGUUAAAAUACCUAAAAUCCUUUCUUUUUCUAGGAGCAUAUGUAGUUACUUCUGGGUCUCUUUUGUGGGAUCUCUAUUUAAAAUUUCGUAAGUGGUUGUAUCUUUUAAAACUCUAUUACAUUCUUCUUCAUUAUAUAUAGUGACCAAAAUUACAAUUCCUCCACCUUUAUCUGUACAUUUAAUUUGAAAUAUAUUUUUAUUCUCAUUUAAUUCUUAUAGUGCUUUAGGAAUUUCUUUAAACGUGUGGAUGUUAAUAGUUUUAUCCGGAAUUCUAGUUGUCACUACCCGCCCUGGAUUGAUAAUGUCCCUUUGGGACAAUUUCGCAGAAUUAAAAAGAACUGUACAGACGAGUUAGUCUGUCAACAACAAACAGAAAUAAUUAAACAACAAUUUGAAGAAAAAACUAUAGCAAAGAACUAUUAAGGAAAUCGAUACAAAAAGUUAAUAAUUUGGAGAGAAUGCAAAUAUUACAAUCUCAGGACCAAAAAAUGGAUGAUAAUUUUAAUUGUCCCUUUUUUUUCAAUUACAGUUCAUAAUCCGCAAUCUUAAGAAAAAUGAUUCAUAAAAAUUGGCAUUUUCUAAUUCAGGACCCUACUUUAGGCACAAUUCUACCUCAAAAACCAAAGAUAUUAUUUAGAGGAGCACAAACUAUAAAACAAAAAAAUAGUACACACUUUUCUGAGAAAAAAACCAACAUUUUUUAAAUGACAAUAAAGGUUUUUAUAAAUGUGGUCAGUGCAAUAUUUUCAAGAUGACAGGGCCACCUUUUGGAAAAACAAUUAGUUUUAAAUCAUAUAAAACCAAUAGAUCCUACAAUAUUGAAGACUGCAUCACGUGUCAUUCCAAGCAGGUCAUAUAUUUAUUAGAAUAUGAAUGCGGUCUUCAAUAUGUGGGUCAAACUAAACGAAAGCUAAAAAAAUCAGACUAAGAGAACAUAUUUACAACAUUAAAAAAAUGUGUGAAAACCACACUUUAUCUAAACAUGUUAUGGAAGUCCAUAAUGGUGACCCCAAAACUCUUAAAUGCUGUGGGAUCCUACUAGUACACACACCAUGGAGAGAUGGUGAUCUAAGUAAACAAUUAAUCAGACAAUAAAUGUUUUGGAUCCACAGUUUGAAAACCUUAGUCCCUUUUGGACUAAAUGCAGAGCUAGAAUAGUCAAUAAUCUCUAAAUCUCCAUUUUUGGGCUAGUCAAAAAAUAAUUUAUUAAUACAUUUUUUUUACAUUUUUAUUUAUUAUGUUUGAUUAUUUUAUUUUUUAUUUUAUAUUUUUUAUUUUCUACUCUCAAUAAAAACUUUUCUACGAAGCAUUGCUAAAUUAUUUUCCCAUAGAUUUUCUCUCCAGCUUUCUGUGUUAUUUGAAUGGAAUGAUGGCUCACACAUGAAAAGUUUUGCCAUAGAAGAACGUAGGUACCUUUAAGAAACUUUGACAGGCAUCACAAUCUUAGAGGGUAUAUAUUCUAUGAGACAUAGAUUCUUGAAAUUCUUAUUCAUCUGCAUUUCUCCAGUUCCAGCAGUAAUUUGCAGCGGACUGAGAUAACAGUGUCCCUCCGGUCUUCACUAUCAUCAUUGCAGCUUGAAGAGAGAACUGUCUACUGCUUAAUCUGCUUUAACGAAAGGGUAACUCUACUGCUCAACUGCUUACACUGGACUAUUUAGUGGUUACGAUUUGAACUAUAUACCACUUCUUGAAUGUUUUACUACUUCUUGUAUUUAUAUUUUUACUUCUACACAAAAAUGUUUUUUCUAAUAAACUGUGUUUGAGAAUAUCCCGCUUAGAAAAAUUUCUGCUAGAUCAUAACUGCAACACUAAGCUGUGGAUUUUCAACACCACCCUAUUGCUGACCACAGUAUCAGGCACACAGUGAAUUUGUUUUGCUAAGGCCUACUUACCAUUGUGUAGGUGUAUAAAGACUAUACCUAUAAGAGUAUAUGGUUGUAAAUUAUCAUUUUUUCCUUUUUCUAAGAAUUAAGGACAAUUUUCUGAAGCACUGACUCCUUCUUAAGGUCAAUAGGUAGGAAUAACCUUUCAUGUGUCGAGCAGCAUCUACUUUUAUCACAUAUUUUCAUCUUUUAGAUUUUUAAAUUGUGAUUUUUUUGUCUAUUUUAUUUUAUACAGUUUAAUAACAGAUUGCUGUUUCUAGGCUUUUAUUAACAAAACAGAAAUAGAUUUACAUAGAGCAUGUAAGAACAGAAGUCAUAUGUAAAGACAAUCAUUAGGGCAAUUUAUGCAAAGAUGACAAUGUGAUUCUAGAGCGUGUGUUUAUUCAAUAUUGAAGAAAAUCCCACUCUCAAAAAAGAUUUAAGUGUAAUUUCCACACCAAGUAAAUAGCGCUAGUGAGAAGUUAGAAAGUAACUAGUGGGGCAGUAGCUGAGAAUACAGGAGAGAAACAGGGAAAAGCUGGGAUCUUGAAUGGGUAAUCAACCCAUGAAACUCAUAGGGUAUUGAAAAUAGGAGAAAAACAUUUUGUAAAUAAGUCAAGGUUAUUGAAAAGUGCUUUUAGAAAAAGAAGAGAUGGGGGGGUAAAGAGGGAGUAGAGAGAGGAGACAUUUAUUAUUUCAAUUUUACAAUAUUAACAGGAAAGCAAAUAUUUGGUUAGUUAUCUCCAAAAUAUCCCUCAAAAUAAAUUUGAGUGCCAAGUCCCUCUAGAUUUAAACCUAAAACAAAAAACAUUGUAUUAUUGUUAUGUUAUUUAUGUAGCGCCAUCAAAUUCGGCAGCGCUUUACAAUGGGUGGACGAACAGACAUGUAGUUGUAACCAGACAAGUUGGACACACAGGAACAGAGGGGUUGAGGGCCCUGUUCAAUGAGCUUUCAUGCUAGAGGGAGUGGGGUAAAAUGACACAAAAAGGUAAGGAUAGUAUUAGACUAGUGACAGUUAAAGAAGAGGAAUCAGUAUUCUUCAGGAAUGGCAAUAUUUUCAUUGCAGGGUUCCAAUGCCUCUUGUGUCUGUCACUCCGACAAUAAUAGUAGUAAUAGCUGGGUAAAACGUGCCAUUUGAAGCAAUUAUGGAGCUUACAGUUUCCCCUUAAUUUCAAAAGCACACCUGUAAAUAGAAUGGAUAAAAUAAAUAGACAUAGUUUGUGUUUAUAACAAACUGUACAAACGUUUCUUACAAUACUCUGAUUGCAAUGCAUUUAGUACAAUAACUACACUAGCUCUCUUUUUUAGUGAUUAUUUUAAAGAAAAGGAAAAUGACCAAUGUAGAACAUCAAACGCAUCUUAAAAUGUGAUUUCAGCAAAGCCAACCCUACGGACCCGGCUGUGUUACCAAAAGGUGAUUGUUACCAAAAGGUGAUGCUAAAACUAGGAGGACGCCUGUUAUUAAUAGGUGCUUAUAAUGGUGCAUUUUACACUGUUGGUGAGGAAAAGUACAAUAUUUUAGGGUGCGAUGAAAAGUUUAUAAAAGAAGCUCUGGAAGAUUUCAGGUCUUGCGAUUGAGCGAUGUGAGGUACGGAAAAGCAAAAUAGUCAAUGAGGUGGUUGAUUAUGAUCAUCUUUAUUUUAUAAGGGCUAUUAAAAAGUAAAAUCUAUAACAAUGGGGUUAGUGAGCCCUUAUUUUUAAAUACAUUAUAUAAAUAAUGCAUUACAUACAAUGCAAGAAAAAUAUAUAUAAAUCAAUGAAAUAAAAUUACUCACUUUCAAAGUUCCUAAUGUUAAUGGCUGCACUAAUGCAAUAAUUACAGGAGAACCUUCCAAAUAUUAAUUAGUAAUACAAGGCAAAGGAAAGAAAGAGUGAGAUGAUGAAUUAAUGUUUUAUUAAUAUUAUGUUGUAAAAUAAUGCUUAACAAAUGUAUUCAUAUUCCUUCUGCAUACUUUGCUUGUUUGAAAUUUGGGUGCAAAUCAGGUUUAUAAAUCUAAAAAAAAUAGGUACCAAAAGCACGGUGGACUUAAAGUACACUUAUGUUACUAAGGUGUUUUUUAUGAGCAAAUCAAUGUUAUCAUGUUAUUCACUAAAUGACGAAUUGUAGUUUAAAAAAUAUGAACAACAAAAUGUAGGAAAACAUAACUUAUUUGAAAAAAGAUUUUAAUUUGAUACAAUUUGGACUUGAGUGAGUAACACUAAUCUUUUCAGGAAAUGUUGUCCUGUUCAGUGCAAUCAAUGUGCAUCAAUGUUGGAUGAAUACAUUUGUUAAUAAAAAUGAGCUGUAUGCAUGUACAAUUACUCCAUUGUUCAUUCGCAACUAUUUCUUACUGACAGUUGAGAGGGGACAGAGUUGUAGUAGUUAUUUCUGAAAUGUUGAUUUGCUGGGGAUGCAGAGAAGGACCUUGGCAACCCCUAGUUCAGGUACUAUACUUCUAGAAAAGAUAAUGGACACUGCACUUUCCAGGCUUCCUGGGUGCUCAGGAACUUAGAACAGCCAGGUCUCACUUCCAGAUAUAGAAAAUAAAUAUUGAUCCAGGCACUCAAGGAUAAAAGCCAAAAUAGCAGCUUUACUUAGAGCAAAACAACAGCAGGGUCUAUGUCAAGGUACUUUCACUGACAUUUCACUGGAAUGUAUGUGUCCUAAUGUUCCAUAUUUGGUUUCUGAGAGGUGAAAAGAAGUAAGCUACUAUUAGUUUUUUAUUUGGGAAAAUAAUCUUUAGUUAAAAGCUCAUUUAUGCUUUAGAAAUAUACGUUGGUGGCUAUAAAGUGCCAUAAAGAACAUGUGAAAAAAUAAAUGAUAAGUGUCUAAUUUUACGCCUCCAUCCAGCAGUCGCUCUCACUUCAGUUUCCAGAGCUUUAAAGAUCUGGAUGGAAAAUCUAGAGGCAGACAUCCAAAGAGGCAGGAGCAGAUCCAGUCUUCUGGAAAGUCUAAAAGAUAUAAAGCUUGCAGUAGACUUUACGUCUGACGCUUCGGUGGAUCUGGUUAAGGCCUUUGCCAGAAAUAUGGCCCUCUCUGUUUCAGCCAGAAGGGCUUUAUGGUUAAGGUCCUGGAUAGCAGAUACCUCUUCUAAAUCUAGUUUAUGUGCCUUACCUUUCCACGGCGACAUGUUGUUUGGAAAAAACUUGGAUGAAUGUAUUAAAAGAGCAGCCGAAGGCAAAAGAGCUUUUCUCCCGCAGGAUCGUAAACCCAGAGGUUCCUUUCGAUCCAAACGAUAUCCAGACUAUUUUUCCUUUCAAGAUGCCAGAUCUUACAAGGCAGGAAGAGAGCAUGGAAGAUCCCAGCCUUGGAGAGGUGGACAGUCAUCUACCAGAGGCGGUAAAUCUAGAGGCGCCUCGUUCCACAAGAACCCCAGAUCUUUAUGACUGGUCUUCCCCCCAGUCAGUAGGUGUGGGGGCACGUCUGUUACUCUUCCAAGACGUAUGGGAACUAUCCACCACAGACAAAUGGGUGUUGGAUAUCAUAAGAAGAGGAUAUCGUUUAGAAUUCUUCAGACCCCCUCCAGCUUACUCCUUUCAAACGACCAAAUGGCCAGGAGAUGCAGAAAAAAGACAGGCCUUAAAAGAUUUCAUCUCGACACUCCAGGAAGGAAAUGUCAUCAUUUCAGUUCCUCAGCGACAGCAAGGUCAAGGGUUUUACUCUCACCUGUUUCUCACCAGAAAAGCUUCAGGUGGUUGGAGACCUAUCUUAGACUUAAGCAGACUAAAUCAGCAUCUCCUCAUCCGGAAGUUCAAGAUGGAGUCUAUUCAAUCCAUCAUAAAGGUCGUUUUUCCACACCAAUGGAUGAUUUCUAUAGACUUGGCAGACGCUUAUUUCCACAUCCCCAUUGCUCCAGAACAUCAGAAAUUCCUUCGGUUUGCGGUGGAACAAGGGCAUUUUCAAUUCCGAGCCCUGCCGUUCGGUCUCAGCACAGCUCCAAGAACAUUCUCCAAGGUCUUGAUUGUUUUGAUUGCGGAGCUCAGGAAAAAGGGCAUAGCCAUUUACCAUUACUUAGAAGACAUCCUCAUCUUGGCAGAAGACACAGAUACCCUUCAGACCCAUGGGCAGGUUUGUCUACGUUUUCUACGCCGUCAUGGUUGGAAGUUAAACGAGAACAAGAGCCAAUUACAGCCGGCUCAGGAGAUGAAAUAUUUGGGGGCCAUAUUCAACACUCUAGCAGGCACAGUGCAACUGUCUCCAGAAAGAGGUACGAAGUUGAUGAACAAAGUCAAAGACAUGUUGGCAUCCAAUCUGACCUCAGCAGAAAGAUGCAUGAGCCUGUUAGGAUCAAUGUCCUCCACCAUCGGACUGACAAGAUGGGCCCAAUGGAGGAUGAGGAUUUUCCAGAAGAAUUUCAUCCUCAAUUCAGAUCGAGAAGUCCACUUCAGCCUAUCAAGAUUCCCCCUCAGGUCCAUCAAUCUCUGAUUUGGUGGUUACAGAAGAAAUCCCUGUUCAGAGGGUUUCCAUUGGGGAACAUCACAUGGACAGUUAUUACCACGGACGCAAGCCAGUGGGGAUGGGGUGCUCACCUACAAGAUCAGUUUAUCCAGGGGAAAUGGUCCUUUCCAGUAACAGAGAUUCCCUCCAACCAAUUAGAGCUUUUGGCAGUUCUAAAAGCUCUAGAAAUUCUCCUUCCCCUCAUACGCUUCAAGUGGAUCAAGAUCAGAUCAGACAAUUCCACUGUAGUUGCCUACAUAAACCAUCAAGGGGGAACAAGGAGUCGGAAAAUGAUGUCCAUUAUGAAGCCCCUAAUGUCCUUCUCCCAGAAGCAUCUAGCGGGCCUAUCAGCGAUCCAUCUUCCGGGAGUCCAGAAUUCCAUAGCGGAUUACCUGAGCAGAGUGGAAUUAGAUCCAGGAGAAUGGAGUCUGUCAAACAAGGUGUUCGAAGACAUCUCUCAAGUAUGGGGCAUGCCACAAGUCGACCUUAUGGCAACACACAAGAACAGGAAGGUGCAGCACUUCUUUUCAAAAAACAUCGAUCCCCAAGCAUCAGGAAGGGAUGCUCUUUCAAUCGAUUGGGAAUUUCACCUAGGCUUACGCAUUUCCUCCUACACCCCUCAUCUUUCCUCUUCUGAGACGAUUGAGGCAGGAGAAGGUAUCCAUCAUCCUCAUAGCCCCCUUUUGGCCUCGCAGGCCAUGGUUUCCUCUGUUGUUGAGUCUCUGCAGUGCAGACCCCUGGCAGCUUCCAAAUAUUCCUUCCCUUCUACAUCAGGGUCCUGUCCUCCACCCAGACCCUGCCUCCCUCAAGCUGAUGGCAUGGAGAUUGAAAGGGAAAGGUUGAACUGCAAGGGAUUUUCUCAUUCUGUCAUUGAAACUCUACUGCAAGCAAGGAAAAGCUCUACAUCUUCCACUUACUACAGAAUCUGGGACGUUUUUUCCUCCUGGGCUGCAUCCAACCACAGGAAUAUUCAGUCUAUCUCCACCAAGGAGAUCCUUGAAUUUCUACAAUCUGGUCUUGAUAAGGGUUUAAGCUACAAUACCCUGAAGGUACAUAUUUCAGCUCUUUCGGCCCUUACAGAUCAAAGAUGGGCCUUGAACACGGACGUGAUCAGAUUUAUGGCAGCAGUUUUGAAAAUCAAGCCUCCUAUCAAGCCCUUCACUCCACCAUGGGAUCUUCCCUUGGUGUUAAAAGCUCUGAGCAAUUCUCCUUUUGAGCCUCUUGAAUCCAUCUCUCCUCAGUUACUCACCAUUAAGACGGUUCUAUUGGUGGCCUUAGCCUCAGGUAGACGAGUGUCUGAACUCCAUGCCUUAUCAACUAAAGAGCCCUUUACAGUUUUUCAUAAGGACAGAGUUAUUUUACGGACUGUUCCUGAAUUUCGUCCUAAAGUGGUGUCAGCUUUUCACAUCAACGAAGAAAUAGUACUCCCGGCUCUUCAUUCGGAGUCUUCUACUGAGGAUGCUGAAACUUUGCCUUCUCCGUUAGAUCUUGUUCGAUGUCUGUCUGUCUAUCUACAAAGAUAUUCAGCCUGGCGGAUCUCUCAAAGGCUAUUCGUCAUCCCCAACGGCCCCAGAAGAGGGCUUCAGGCUUCUAAGAUGGCCAUCAGUAGAUGGAUUGUUGCCGCCAUCGUUCAGGCUUACCAAGCUUCAAAGAUGAAAGUUCCUGAUGGGCUUAAGGCUCACCCCACGAGGUCCCUUUCCUCAUCUUGGGCAGCAGCUGCUAAUUUGUCACCUGAGCUGAUUUGCAAAGCAGCCACUUGGUCUUCUCCAAACACGUUUAUAAAGCAUUACCAGAUUGACGUUAAAGCCAGCCAAUCAGACUCUUUUGGCAAAUCAGUCUUAUCCGCAGUCAACUCUUCUUGAUUGAUUUCUAUUGCACGUGUGAUUUCUAAUACACCAGCAUUUAAAAUAUUCUUGAGUCUGUGUUUUUUUCUUUAUUCCCUCCCUUGGUUAUUGCUUGGGUAUUACCCAUUGUUGUGCUGCCAUGGAUAUGGCCAGGAAAGAUGAAAAUUUAUCCAUACUUACCGUAAUUUUCCUUUCCUGGUCAUAGGCCAUGGCAGCACUUAGAUCCCGCCCUGGGAUAUUGCUGUUAACAAGACUGAGGGACCAUUGGUGGGAGGAGGUAUUUAUACCCCUGAUUUUAAUUCUGUUCCUGUCUAAUUAGGGAUAGGGAGGAGCUAACCCAUUGUUGUGCUGCCAUGGCCUAUGACCAGGAAAGGAAAAUUACGGUAAGUAUGGAUACAUUUUCAUCUAUAUAUAUCACACCCAUUGCACAACAUUGCUCUAUAUUCUCUACAUUAAAUAAUAAAAAAAUGCAUUAUUCUACAAAAUGAAUAUCUGUAAAUCUGGAGGGGUAGCAGCAGACAUCAGGCUUACAAAAUGCACAGACCAGAGACCACAGAGAAAAUAUAAUUUCAUUAUAUCUGGAAGAAACUGGUGAUUACAUUACAACACAAAAAAUACAAAUAUUCUGAUUCAACAAAAAACGAGUCAACGGGUCCAUGUUCCCUAAUUAUAUCUGCAAGGAGAACAGCAUUCUGAAAGUUCCCACUCUUGCUUCAACAACAUACAGGGCCGUCCCAUCCAUUGAUCCCUGUGGGGACUUGAUUUCAGAUUUCUCUUUGAUAGGGUGGCAUUUUGCCAAUUACUACUAUGUAUAUAUGCAGUUCCGGGCCCCGCUACCUUGUCCUCUGAAGAGGGGGUCGAGAAGCCUAAUCUUCCCCUCCAGCAGCUUAAUGUCCCCCUCCUCUUGCAAUGCUCCAUCAUGGUCUGCUUGGAGCAUUGCCAUGGCAUCCCGCAGCAGUGCACACGCAACUCCUGAGAGGAGAGCACAUGAAGCUGCAACCACUGUACACACACACUGCAUCCACUAUACACAACCUGCAUCCACUACACGCAAACAUUGCAUCCACUACACAGACACUUCAUCCACUACACACAGACUCUAAAAGAUUGAAUAGAAAGAUUCUUCCUCCAAAACUAGAAGAAAGUACUGCCUGGUAAAGUAGGAGUAAAAGGCAAAAAUGUAUGCUCCCAUCUCUAACCCAGCAAAAAGUGAAGAGAAAUUAAAAAACAAAUAGGCCACAAAGCCAUGCUUGCUAUUUAAGUCACACUGGGUAAGAUUACCCUGUAUAUAUUUCAGCGCUUCACUUACAGGUGUAAGUUUCAUAUAUACCACCUUAUAGCCACAAUGAAUAGUUUAUUCAGAUGGCUUUAUUAUCACAGCUCCAAGCUCCAAUAUGUGGACACAGUAUAUACCUAGAUGUAAAUAUAUUCCAAGAUACAAAAGAAUCUAAAACUAUGCGGUUUCUGACAUUAUACUGAAUAAAUAUGAAGAGAGAAAAAAAUCAAAUCUUCUGAUAUGUAAUUCAAGCAGGGCCACCAUCAGGGGGUUACAACCAUGAUGGUUGUGGUGGGACCGGCCGCCCGAACCCUUACAUUCCCCAUCUGUAGCGGUGGAACUGCUGCCUGUACACCUCUACCGGGGGGCCACACUCUGAUGGGGCCCACCACCUUUUAAUAGCGCGACUGACCCCUUUAAAAAUUACAGCCGUAACUAGUGCCGGGAGGAAGUGACGGCCGGCCGAGAAUGGAGAGGAGUCGGGGUUAACCAGGCCGGAUCUGAUGUAGUAUAUGGUUGCUAGAUAGCAUCUGGGGUUCGGGGUCCAAACAGACCUCCACUCUCCCCAGAUGAUGGAUUUAAAAUAAAACAAGGGAGGUGGAGGACAGAUACUACACCCUACUGGUCAAUAUAUAUAGAUAUCUAUAUAUGUACAAGGGGGUUACAAAGCCAGUGUGGUUUACAUGAACUCCACCAGUGUAAGCCAAGGAGAGGUAUAUGGAAAUUGAAGUACUAAGAGGAUCUUAGAAUUACUCAUUUAUCCACUUAGACACAAUAACUCUCAGACUUAAUACCCGAUUCCAUUUAGCAAUAUCCCUCCUCCUUUCCUUAUGCAUAUAUGUGUCCUGCUAUAGACCAUUAGAAUCAAUACUCUCCACUCUGAAGAGAAGGGAACAGCUCCCUGCUCAAAGGGGUCAAUACAAAGUAGCAUAGCAUAUACACUAAGACAUUCACCAGUUUUCAAAAACUAAAAAAUGAAUAUAAUAAAAAUCCUGUGAGAAAAUUUUAAGUGAGCACCCACAGUGUUGCUUGGGGGUGGGGGGGUGGAUGACUAAUUAUUUACAUAAAUGAAAUAUAUACACAUAAAGAUCCAGAGAGUGGUGGACAUUAGUCUGAGAUAAAUGGUCAAAAGAAGAUUUUCUUGAUUGACUUUAUUUAGACCCAAUGGUGAUAGUGUUUUCAAUUUAUAUAUCCAGUAACUCGCUUUUUGGCAAAACGUCUUGUCAAGAUCAUCUUUUCUGGGAUCAAUUGUCACUUUUUCAAUUCCAGAAAAACUGAUGUGUUCAGCUGACCCUCGAAAUCGAAGUGUCAAUGUUUCUUGGGUUUCACCAAAUUGUAAUGCUCUAAGAUUCUUUUUUGAAUGGGCUUAUUGUUUUGCCUAUGUAUUUUUUGGAGCAACUGAAUGUCAAUAGGUAAACCACUUCAGAUGUAGUACAGUUGAAAAAGGAGCGUGUAGAAAAUGUUUCAGUAUUUUCAGAGUUAGUAAAGGUUUUGGAUUAGUUAGAGAUGUAUGUGCACACAUUACAUUUGCCACAUAUAUGUGAGACUGCUACUUGAGAUUUAAGCCAGUUCAUAUUCUUUUUUGUUGUUCCCAGGUGGCUAAGGACUAAAAUAUCUUGGAUUUCUACCCUGUCUAGCAGUAAUGGAAACCCGUGGUGGCAAGACUUGUUGUAAGUGCUUAUCCUGGAGUAAUAAUGGCCAAUACCUAUCCAUUAUGUCCAUUACCACAUGACAGCCAUCUUCAAAGAACCCAAUAUAUCUAAUAUGGGUCUUGGAUGAAGAUGUAUUUGAAGUUUGCAGAUAUAGGUGCUCUGGAUACACUAAAUUAGUGUAACCCGUUUCUUUGUUUUUUCUUUGUUUUACACACAGGCUGCAUCCACUACACAUACAUUCUACAUCCACUACAGACAGACACUGCAUCCACUACACAAACAGACCCUCUUCAUCCACUAUACACAUGCACACCAUGGUUUCACUACACACACUGCAUUCACUACACACACUGCAUAACAUAAUGGAUGUGCAAAUUUUUUUAAGGGGGGGAGGGGUAGCAUUUUUUCCUUGGACCCAGGAAGCACAAUAUCUUGGGCUGGCCAUGACCAUAGUUAUAAAUGAUCUACUCGCUGCAAAAUCUUGUGGUUACUACUCUAUCCUAAUUCACCUUGACCUGUCUGCGGCUUUUGACACUGUUGAUCAUCAACAGCUUCUUCUCAUCCUCUGCAAUAUCGGUCUACAAGAUACUGCUCUCUCCUGGUGCUUCUCCUACCUCUCCCAGUGCUCUUUCAGUGUUUCUUUCUCUGGCUCUGCUUCUUCUCCCCAACUCCUCUCUGUUGGUGUCCCCCAAGGUUCAGUCCUUGGCCCCCUACUGUUCUCCAUCUAUACUGCCUCCCUUGGUAAACUCAUUAGCUCCUUUGGCUUCCAAUAUCAUUUCUAUGCAGAUGACACGCAAAUCUACCUGUCCUCUCCUGAUCACUCCCCUUCCCUCUUGACUAGUGUCUCUGACUGCCUCUCUGCUGUUUCUAACUGGAUGGCUGCCCACUUCCUUAAACUAACUUUCCUGUGUCUGUCUCCCUCCAAGUCAACGGUGCUACCAUCAGCUCCACCACGCAGGCUCGCUGCCUAGGUGUUCUCUUUGACUCCGACCUCUCCUUCAAGCCUCAUGUUCAAUCUAUCGCCAAAUCCUGUCAUUUCCAUCUCAAAAACAUUGCGCGCAUCCGCCCCUACUUAACGCCAGAUGCGACUAAGGUGUUGGUCCAUUCCACUGUCCUUUCUCGCCUUGACUUCUGUAAUCCGCUUCUCAGUGGUCUUACGUGCUCCCAGCUAGCGCCGUUAGAGUCCAUAAUGAAUGCGGCGGCGAGGCUCAUCUUCCUGUCCGUCCGCACCUCCCAUGCCUUACCCUUCUGUCAGUCCCUACAUUGGCUUCCUAUAAAAUAUAGAGCUCAAUUUAAAAUUCUGGUUCUUGCUUUCAAAUCUCUACAUAAUCCUGCUCCCACCUAUCUAUCCUCCCUUAUACACAAGUAUGUCCCGUCUAGGCCCUUACGAUCUGCUGAAGACUUACGUCUAUCAUCUGUCCGUACUCCCACCUCUGAUGCCCGCCUUCAAGAUUUCUCGAGGGCUGCACCUUUCCUGUGGAACUUGCGUCCCUCCUCGUUAGAUGCUCAACCAGUCUCCACCCCUUCAAAAAAAUCGUUAAAAACCCACUUUGUCAUAAAAGCGUAUCAAUUAAACUGUUAAUAGCUCCUAACUGAUUUCUCUUCUGCAACUGUCAUUAGUCUAAUACUAUCCUUACCUUUCUGUGUCAUUUUACCCCAAUCCCUCUAGGAUGUGAGCUCAUUGAGCAGGGCCCUCAACCCCUCUGUUCCUGUGUGUCCAACUUGUCUGGUUACAACUACAUGUCUGUUCGUCCACCCAUUGUAAAGCACUGUGGAAUUUGACGGCGCUCUAUAAAUAUCAUAAUAAUAAUAAUAAUAAUAAUAAUAAUAAGUCACCUCCAAGGAAAAUACAUGUGAAAAGAAAAAUUACAGCCGAAUGGAAGCAUUUGAUAGAUUUGCCCAUUCAAAUAGGUAUAGACUCCUCUCAGAUAAUUAAUCUGGAAAUAAUAAAAACAUACAAACUUCUCCCUUUAUAGGGAGAUGUUUACCCAAAAUGGAUUUUGACAACUCUCCACGGAAAGGAAGUUGGCAAAAAGUAGGAGAGCAGUCAGAUGAGGGAGAAUCUUGAGAGGAAGAAAAAAGGGAAGGAUUUUAAAUCAUUAGGCAUUUUUAACCUUACUGACAACAUUUUAGACAAAUCACAUAGAGAUGUUUUAAGCAAAGGUCUUAAGUUUGUUCCUUCCUGUUUUAAUAACAGGCUGAAGGUAUUCUAAGAAUUGGUAAUAAAAGAUGUGAGAGAAAUGAAUCAAAAGAAAGACAGAAAUAAUCUUACCUUUAAGCAGAGGAGGGCCAAUAGAGAACGACAAUUGGACAUAAAUAUUGUCAUAAAACCCUCAGACAAAGCAAAGAAAAAUACUAUCUAGAGAUUUAUCGUCAAUUAGAUGACACUACAACAUAUAAAAAAUUUACUAAAGAACCUAUAUGUCAGAUUAAAAAGGAUUUCUCUGCAUUGUUGGAUAUAGGUGCAUCUUCACUGGGCAUCUUGAAUAAGAAUGAGUAUGAAUAUUUAAAUAUUGUCACCCCAAAGGCCCCACUGUUCUAUACCCUCCCAAAAUACACAAGAUUAAUGAAAAUCCCACCAGGAGACCGAUAGUCUCAGGAAUUGGUUCUUUACUCAGUAAUUUAUCCGAAUAUGUAGAUAGACAAUUACAACCGUACGUUACAUCCCAACCCUCUUAUCUUAGAGAUUCUACCCAAGUUUUAGAAUUACUACUUGAGUUCAAAUGGAGAGAAAACUAUGUUUUAGCAACAUGCAAUGUGACUAGCUUAUAUACGAACAUAUUGCAUGAUUUAGGAUGUCUAGCAGUUGAAUAUUUUUUAAAUGCUAAUACUAAUAUUAAAGAUGAACAAACUGUUUUAUCCUAUAUAGUAUAAAACUGAUACUUUUGAACAAUUUCUUCUGGUUUGAUGGUAAAUUUUUCUUACAAUUAAAAGGAACUCUGAUGGGAACAAGAUUCGCACCCAGCUAUGCCAAUUUAUUCAUGGCACAUUGGGAAAAUUAAUAUAUUCUGUCCCAACAAAAUAGCUGGUUGUCAAAUCUAGUUCUCUCUUGCAGAUUCAUUGACAAUAUCUUCAUCUGGCAAGGGGAAGAAGAGUCUCUAAAAUAAUUUUUAAAAUAUUUAAAUUGGAAUAAUGUGGGUAUAAAUCUGACAAACGAGUUCAGUAAAGAUAAUAUACACUUUUUAGAUUUAGAAAUAUAUAGAGACCAGAAUAACAUUAAAAUGAAUACUCACUUUAAAAAGGUAAAUGUUAAUGGAUAUAUCGAUACAUCAAGUUGCCAUUACAGCCCCUGGCAUCAGAACAUUCUUUAUUCCUAAAAUACAGGUUAAUAGAAAAAAAGUAUGAUACAGGGAAUAUUGAUGAAUGCAUAAAGGACAUCAAGCUAACUGACAGAAAAGUAUUUUUUAAUAAACCUUUAAAACAGAAAAAGGUUAAUCAUGAGACUGGAGAGAAAAAUAUUCCUUUCAUUUUAGAUUAUAAUGAAGAUUUUAAACAAAUUAUAAACAUUAUAAAUAAAUAUUGGUAUAUUUUAAAAAGUGAUACGUUUAAAAAAAAAAACAAAUGGAGAAAGACCACAUAUAAUCUAUAGAGGGACUAAGAGCUUAAAGCAAAUGUUAAUGGCAAGUUAUAUUAAAGAAGAUAACGCAAAAGACCACUUUGGUUUAGAGAAAGGUUUUUACCCAUGUAGAUCAUGUUAAGCAUGUAAAAAAAAUCUUUUAAAAGACAGAAAUACACAUAUUUGGUUUUUUUCUUCUUCUACAAAUAAGACUUUUAAGAUCAAACAAGUUCUCACUUGCCAAUCUUCUAAUGUCAUAUACCUCCUCUGGUGCCCAUAUAGACUGCAAUAUAUAGGGGUGACAAUAGCAGAACAUGUGGGUAAUAUUAAGUGGGGGUAUAUGAAACAUAAUGUCUCAGCUCACUUUGUUAAAAAGCACAAUAAUAAUAGACAUGUGCAAUUCGUUUUGGUCCAAAUGUGAAUUCGGACGAAUUUCGGGCAAUUCGGACAUUCGGAUUUCCGAAUGUCCGAAUACCUGAAUUGCCGAAGUAGUGAAGUUCCAAAAUUGCAGAAUUUGCGAAGUGUCGAAGUUCCGAAGUGACAAAGUUCUGAAGUGUCAAAGUUCCGAAGUACUGAAGCACAGUAUUGCCUAAUUACUAAUAUACUUACCCAGUGGAAGAAUGAAGAAUGUUACACUGUAUACAAGUUUAAAUAAAUAGUAUACAAACAUAGUGUCAGGGUACCUGUUGGUGAUGUAUCCAGGGAGGACAUCCUCUCUGCUUAGGGGCUCCCUUCCCUUAGCAUUUCGGCAUAUUCCGGCCGUUUUCGCGCCGGCCGCGCUAGCUCCUCCCCCUUUUAUGACGCGACGGCUAGCGUCGACGUCAUGACGUCGGCAUUUGCAUAAAGUGCCGGGAACCGCUAUUCCGGACCUUUUGGGGGCGUGGUCUCUAUUUAGGUACAGGGUAUUUAAAGGAAACCUUUACUACUGCUCAUUGCCCUGUCGUGGUUCUAGCUUGCUAGUCACUCAGCGCGUUCUUUAUCUUGUGUUUCCGGUUUUGACCCUUGCUUGUCUUUUGUCCUGUUGUCCUCUCCUCUCCUUUGACUCGGCUUGUAUCUCGCUUACCUGUCCUCCGGCUCCCUUGACCUCGGCUUACCUUUUGACUAUUCUUGCUUGUCCUUACGUUAGUCCGGCCAUUCUAAGGUCCGGUAUACGUACCUCCUUCUGUGCGCACUCUGCGUAUUGGAUCCCUGUCAGUUUCCUGACAUUACGACAGGGCCAGAUGGAUCCUGCAGGUGCUAGUCCUCCUGACCCCAGAUUUGAGGCCAUGGACCAUAGAAUGGACCAAAUGGCUUUAGCGCUACAAACUUUGUUGACACGCUCCAGUACCCAGUCUGAAGAAAUACGUUCCACUGCUAGCCACUCGCUAAGUACUGGUUUGGAAGUAGCCACUGUAGGCGCAUCUUCCCAUGUCACGUCACCAUUACGAUAUGGGGGUUCGCCUGAUGCUUGUCGUGGUUUUUUAAACCAGAUAAGUAUACAUUUCGAACUACAACCCCGGCUUACCCCACUGACAGGGCUAAGGUAGGCUUUAUUAUAACCCUGCUAAUAGAUAAAGCACUUAGAUGGGCCAAUCCCCUUUGGGAGAAUGACAAUCCUUUAGUCUACAACUACACUGCAUUUGUCACGGCUUUUAGAAGAACCUUUGACCCCCCAGGGAGGAAGAUUAAUGCGGCCAGAUCCCUGUUACGCCUUAAACAACAAGAUAGGACCCUUGUAGAAUAUGCUCUAGAGUUUAGAUCAUUGGCAGCAGAAGUGAAAUGGAACGAACAAGCUUUUAUGGAUGUUUUCUUGAAUGGGUUGUCUGAUGAAAUUUUAGAUGAAAUUGCCACAAGAGAACUUCCGGAAAAUUUAGAGGAUUUAAUAUCCUUCAUUUCCAGAAUAGAUGAACGCAUGAGACAGAGGCAGAACACUCGGGAAAGAGUUACUAGACUUCCUGUAAGACUCGCUCCCUCAUUUCAGAACCCUGACUCCUAUAAUCCUACUCCACCAGAACCUAUGCAAAUAGGUAAUACUCGCUUAUCUGAGGCUGAGAGACAGUACAGGAGAAGGGAGGGUCUCUGUUUAUACUGCGGGCUGAGAGGCCACUUACGUCUUAGUUGCCCAAAUCGUCCGGGAAACGCUCGCACCUAAGUUCCCUUAGAGGACGGGCCUUGGGUGUUUCAUUACUGUCCUCUAUGCAUAAUAAAAAAGACCAUAGGCUUCUGAUUCCUGUCUCUCUAGCUUGGGAAAAGGGGUUUAUUGCUACGAUGGCAUUAUUAGAUUCUGGAGCAGCAGAAAGCUUUAUAGACCAAACUUUCGCUAAUAAGCAUUGUAUCCCAUUCCAAUUGAGAGAUACACCCUUGGCCGUUGAGGCCAUAGAUGGUAGACCUUUAUCUGAACCAGUAAUAUUCCAUGAGACCGAACCCGUUAAGCUUACUGUUGGUAUUUUCCACGAAGAGUUGAUUUCCCUUCUGUUAAUUUCCUCCCCGGCAGUCCCAGUGGUUCUAGGAUAUUCUUGGCUCAAGAGACACAACCCUCAGAUUGACUGGGAGGGUGGAGAAAUCGUUUCUUGGGGUAUGGGUUGUAGGAAGGAAUGUCUGCAGAGAGUUACUUCUGUUUGCCCCGUGAACUCUUAUGCUAACACUUCUCAAUCCACAGACGUUCAGAUACCAUUACAAUAUCUAGACCUCAAAUCUGUAUUUGACAAGGGUAAGGCGGAUACUUUACCUCCCCACCGGUCUUAUGACUGUUCUAUUAAACUUUUCCCUGGUACUAUGCCUCCCAGGGGUACGGUAUACCCUCUAUCCACCAAGGAAAACUUAGUUUUAGAGGAAUAUAUCAAGGAGAAUUUAGACAAGGGAUUUAUUAGAAAGUCUUCUUCUCCGGCGGGGGCGGGUUUCUUUUUUGUAGAAAAGAAAGACGGUACCUUACGCCCUUGUAUAGACUAUCGGGGAUUGAACAAAAUUACUAUCAGAAAUGCUUACCCUAUUCCUUUGAUUACUGAACUCUUUGACAGACUAAAGGGCUCGAGUAUUUUUACUAAACUUGACUUAAGAGGAGCAUAUAACUUAGUGCGAAUUAAACAAGGAGAUGAAUGGAUGACAGCAUUUAAUACCCGUUACGGGCAUUAUGAGUAUACCGUAAUGCCGUUUGGGCUUUGUAACGCCCCGGCCGUCUUCCAAGACUUGAUCAAUGAAGUUCUUAGAGAAUUCCAACAUGAAUGUGUAAUUGUAUAUUUGGAUGAUAUAUUAAUCCAUUCUAGAGACAUUAAUUCACAUCAUAGACAAGUCAGAAAGGUAUUACAGAAACUUUUACAACAUGGAUUGUAUUGUAAAUUGGAAAAAUGUAGCUUUGACCAGUCUCAGGUAACUUUCUUAGGUUACGUAAUUUCCAAAGACGGGUUUAUGAUGGACCCGACCAAACUAAAAUCGAUUUUAGAUUGGCCUUUACCUAAGGGACUCAAAGCCAUACAAAGAUUUCUUGGAUUUUCUAAUUAUUACAGACGUUUUAUUAAAGGGUACUCCUCUGUUAUCGCUCCUAUCACUAAUAUGACCAAACAAGGAGCCGAUACCAAAACCUGGUCUACUGAGGCUUUAUCUGCUUUCGAAACGCUCAAACAGUCUUUUGCCUCAGCACCUGUAUUAGUUCAUCCUGAUACCUCUCUACCCUUUUUACUUGAAGUUGAUGCGUCUGAAACAGGGAUAGGCGCAGUGUUAUCCCAAAGACAAAGUUUAGAUAAGCCGCUGCACCCUUGCGGUUUUUUUUCCAAGAAACUAUCACACACUGAAAGGAGAUAUGACAUUGGUGAUAGAGAACUUUUAGCUAUCAUUAUGGCAUUAAAGGAAUGGAGACAUUUGUUAGAGGGCACCGUCCUCCCAGUUACUAUCUUGACUGACCACAAGAAUUUAUCGUAUAUGGGGGAGGCCAAAAGAUUAUCUGCCAGGCAGGCACGUUGGUCUAUGUUCCUUACACACUUUAAUUAUGUGCUUACUUACAGGCCUGGUUCUAAGAACACUAAGGCAGACGCUUUGUCACGUCAGCACGAACCUACCACCUCUACAGAGGAUACUUUGUUCCCUAUUAUUCCUGAAAUCAAUAUUAUCGCCAACACCAAUGUCAAAAUACACUCUCCAUUGCUCGCUGAUAUUCAGAACGAACAAUCUCUUGCUCCCGAACGUACUCCUGUGGGCCGCUUGUUCGUGUCUCCCAAAUUCCAAGUGGACAUUAUUCGCUGUUUCCACGAUAGCAAGAUCGCUGGUCACCCCGGCAUCCACAAAACUUACUGCCUGAUCUCCAAAGACUUCUGGUGGCCCGGUUUACGUAGGGAUGUGGAAGACUUUGUCAAGGCUUGCAAUGUUUGUGUCAGGAAUAAACUUCCGCGGGAUCUCCCUUGUGGUUUAUUGCAGCCCUUAGUCGUUCCCAACAAACCUUGGGCUUGUUUGGCUAUGGAUUUUAUUGUUGAUCUACCAGCUUCCAAUAGGCAUACAGUUAUCCUCACGGUCCUUGACAGGUUUACUAAAAUGGCUCAUUUCGUUCCCUUGCCUAAACUUCCGUCCUCUCCCGAACUGGCCGUGAUAUUUGCUAGAGAAAUUUUCCGUUUACAUGGUAUUCCCAAUGAGAUUGUGUCAGACAGGGGUUCCCAAUUUAUUUCCCGUUUUUGGAGAUCCUUCUGUUCACAGUUGGGCAUCAAACUGAAUUUUUCUUCGGCCUAUCAUCCCCAAUCUAACGGAGCAGCCGAACGCACUAACCAAAAAAUUGAGCAAUAUCUACGUUGUUUUGUUUCUGAACACCAGGAUGACUGGGUCGGUCUGAUUCCUUGGGCGGAGUUUGCUCACAACAACCUUGUUUGUGGUUCCACUCGUAACAGCCCCUUUUUCUUGAACUAUGGCUUUAACCCUACUGUUCUUCCGUCGGUGUCUCCUUCCCAGGGUAUACCGUCGGUUGAUAUUCAUAUAGCCAACCUGAGAAAGUUGUGGGAUCAGACUCGACAAAUUCUUGAACGUAGUUCCGCGGUGUUUAAGUCACAUGCUGAUAGGCGUAGACGUCCUGCUCCUAUUUUUUCUCCGGGGGAUAGGGUCUGGUUGUGUACCAGACACAUUCGCCUGAAAGUUCCUUCCUUGAAGUUUGCUCCUCGUUACAUUGGUCCUUACAGGGUACUGAGGAGGAUCAACCCGGUUUCUUAUUUGCUGGAUCUACCUCCUACUCUACGCAUCCCUAACUCUUUUCAUGUGUCGUUAUUGAAACCUCUUGUUUGUAACAGAUUUUCCUCCCGCUCUGCUCCUCCAUCCUCGGUCCGUGUGGAUGGUCAGGAGGAAUAUAUCAUCAAGUCCAUCCUUGAUUCUCGUAUUUCUAGGGGGAAGCUGCAAUACCUCAUAGACUGGAAAGGUUAUGGUCCAGAAGAGAGGUCUUGGGUUCCUGGUAUAGACGUGCAUGCUCCUCGUCUUCUUCGGGCCUUCCACGUUCGUUUUCCUUCUAAGCCAGGUCCCAUCCGCCCGGUGGGCGUUUCUAGAAGGGGGGGUACUGUCAGGGUACCUGUUGGUGAUGUAUCCAGGGAGGACAUCCUCUCUGCUUAGGGGCUCCCUUCCCUUAGCAUUUCGGCAUAUUCCGGCCGUUUUCGCGCCGGCCGCGCUAGCUCCUCCCCCUUUUAUGACGCGACGGCUAGCGUCGACGUCAUGACGUCGGCAUUUGCAUAAAGUGCCGGGAACCGCUAUUCCGGACCUUUUGGGGGCGUGGUCUCUAUUUAGGUACAGGGUAUUUAAAGGAAACCUUUACUACUGCUCAUUGCCCUGUCGUGGUUCUAGCUUGCUAGUCACUCAGCGCGUUCUUUAUCUUGUGUUUCCGGUUUUGACCCUUGCUUGUCUUUUGUCCUGUUGUCCUCUCCUCUCCUUUGACUCGGCUUGUAUCUCGCUUACCUGUCCUCCGGCUCCCUUGACCUCGGCUUACCUUUUGACUAUUCUUGCUUGUCCUUACGUUAGUCCGGCCAUUCUAAGGUCCGGUAUACGUACCUCCUUCUGUGCGCACUCUGCGUAUUGGAUCCCUGUCAGUUUCCUGACACAUAGCCAGGAUUUAGCUGUAAGCAUUUGCAAUGCUUACAACAAUCAAGUAACAUACAUUCAUAUAAAAUGUUAGUUACUUAGCCUGUCAAUGGAAUGACAGGAAUGAAUAAGUAGAUAACUACUUAAUUCCCACGAUAUUAGGGAGCUAUAUACUAAAAGGCUGAAAGACCUAAAUUGGUCUUUCAUCCACAUUUACUAAUACUUAGUAAAGAUUAUUUAAUAUUAGUAAAUUAUGCCCCUACUCGCUAUACCGCCUGUGGCUGCUCACUGUAAACCCCCCACCCAAAAAAAACACACCCCCCUCCCGAGCCCCCACCUGUGCUGCGCGAGUGCAGGCUUCUAACCUGAAGGGGGACCUAUUGCCCUCCCCGGCCCCCACACCUGAGCGGUGGGUGGGUGCCCUAAAGUAAAAUAAUGUGGGGGACCUAAUGUCCUCCCCCUAUGGCCCCCACCUCUGAGCGGUGGAUGGGGGCCCAAAAUACCAAAAAGGGGGGUGACCUAAUGUCCUCUCCCCUAACCCCCACCUCUGAGCGGUGAGUGGGGAACCUAAAUUAGAAUAAUGUCAUAUAUAUAUUUUUAUAGACUACAAUUUUUUAAAUAUAUUUUUAUACAUCUUUUAUAUAUUAGCAGUUUCUUUUAUUUAUUUUCAUAUAUUUUCUCCACUGCUUUUGUCUUAUCAACAUAUUCUAUAUAUCUUGUGCAUUAUAAAAUUAUUUAUUAUUAUAUUUAUGCCUUUUUAAUUUAAUAUAUAUUAUAUUUCUCACUUUUCUUUCCCUAAUAAGGAAUAGGGUAUAUAAUAUGUUGUUUUUUUCAUAUUAAAUGGAUUUGUCCUUUUUUCCCAUUGAUUUCUAAUGGACUCCCAUAAGUAAUAUGGAGUUUUGAGACAUUUCAAAAUAUCUACACAAAGACUGUGAGUGCAGGAGGAGAGAUUGGGAAAUCGAUCUAUAUGAUGUCAUAAAAAAUGGCCUUUGGACGGUGCAUUCCACAGUGCGUUUCACGAGACUGCGACAUCAUCAGGACGUACUGGAAAUGACGUUGCGGUUGAUCGUGAAUACAGGAAAUAGGAAACAGAUUAAACAAAUGAACUGUAGAUGGAUACCAUCGCCGAAACGCGUUUGCUGUCUGUUCUUUAUACUUGCACUUUAUAUUUUUUUUCUUUGGGUUACUAAUAUGUGGUAAGUGUAACCAUUUGUGUAUUUAAUUUACCUCACUACCAUUCUAUUUUUAGUACACAAAUGUAAGUAUAUUGUUUGGUUGUUUUAAUACUCAAUAAAUUGUAUUUGGAAAAUAUUGAGGAUCCAUCAUAGAACAUAGAAACAUAGAAACAUAGAAUGUGACGGCAGAUAAGAACCAUUCGGCCCAUCUAGUCUGCCCAAUUUUCUAAAUACUUUCAUUAGUCCCUAGUCUUAUCUUAUAGUUAGGAUAGCCUUAUGCCUAUCCCACGCAUGCUUAAACUCCUUUACUGUGUUAACAUCUACCACUUCAGCUGGAAGACUAUUCCAUGCAUCCACUACCCUCUCAGUAAAGUAAUACUUCCUGAUAUUAUUUUUAAACCUUUGUCCCUCUAAUUUAAGACUAUGUCCUCUUGUUGUGGUAGUUUUUCUUCUUUUAAAUAUAGUCUCCUCCUUUACUGUGUUGAUUCCCUUUAUAUAUUUAAAUGUUUCUAUCAUAUCCCCCCUGUCUCGUCUUUCCUCCAAGCUAUACAUGUUAAGAUCCUUUAACCUUUCCUGGUAAGUUUUAUCCCGCAAUCCAUGAACCAGUUUAGUAGCCCUUCUCUGAACCCUCUCUAAGGUAUCAAUAUCCUUCUGAAGAUACGGUCUCCAGUACUGUGUACAAUACUCCAAGUGAGGUCUCACCAGUGUUCUGUACAAUGGCAUGAGCACUUCCCUCUUUCUACUGCUAAUACCUCUCCCUAUACAACCAAGCAUUCUGCUAGCAUUUCCUGCUGCUCUAUUACAUUGUCUGCCUACCUUUAAGUCAUCAGAAAUAAUCACCCCUAAAUCCCUUUCCUCAUAUGUUGAGGUUAGGACUCUAUCAAAUAUUCUGUACUCUGCCCUUGGGUUUUUACGUCCAAGAUGCAUUAUCUUGCACUUAUCCACAUUAAAUGUCAGUUGCCACAAUUCUGACCAUUUUUCUAGUUUACCUAAAUCAUUUGUCAUUUGGCUUAUCCCUCCUGGAACAUCAACCCUGUUACAUAUCUUAGUAUCAUCAGCAAAAAGACAUACCUUACCAUCAAGACCUUCUGCAAUAUCACUAAUAAAAAUAUUAAAGAAAAUGGGUCCAAGUACAGAUCCCUGAGGUACCCCACUGGUGACAAGUCCAAGCUUCGAAUAUAUUCCAUUAACUACAACCCUCUGUUGCCUGUCACUCAGCCACUGCCUUACCCAUUCAACAAUAUUGGAAUCCAAACUUAAAGAUUGCAGUUUAUUGAUAAGCCUUCUAUGUGCAACAGUGUCAAAAGCCUUACUGAAAUCUAGGUAAGCAAUGUCUACUGCACCACCCUGAUCUAUAAUUUUAGUUACCCAAUCAAAAAAAUCAAUAAGAUUAGUUUGGCAUGAUCUCCCUGAAGUAAACCCAUGUUGUCUCUGAUCUUGAAAUCCAUGUGUUUUUAGAUGUUCAUCAAUCCUAUCCUUUAACAUGGUUUCCAUCACUUUCCCCACUACUGAAGUAAGGCUUACUGGCCUAUAGUUGCCCGACUCCUCCCUAUUACCUUUCUUGUAAAUGGGCACAACAUUCUCUAACUUCCAAUCUUCCUGGACUACUCCUGUUAAUAAUGAUUGGUUAAAUAAAUCUGUUAAUGGUUUUGCUAGUACACCACUAAGCUCUUUUAAUAGAUUUGGGUGUAUUCCAUCAGGUCCCAUUGACUUAUUUGUCUUUACUUUUGACAGUUGAAAUAUAACCUCUUCCUCUGUAAACUCACGUGUAAUAAAUGACUCAUUUAUCCUUUUUCUCAACUGAGGUCCCUUUCCUUCAUUUUCAUCUGUAAAUACAGAACAAAAAUAUUCAUUGAGGCAGUCAGCUACACCUUUAUCCUCUUCUACAUACCUUCCUUCUUUUGUUUUUAAUCUAACUAAUCCUUGUUUUACUUUUCUUUUCUCAUUUAUGUAUCUAAAAAAUGUUUUAUCCCCCUUUUUUACUGACUGUGCUAUUUUCUCUUUUGUGUGUGAUUUGGAAGCUCUUAUAACUUGCUUAGCCUCUUUCUGUCUAAUCUUAUAGAUCAUUUUGUCUUCCUCGCUCUGUUUUUUUUUUAUAAUUCCUAAAUGCUAACUUUUUUUUUUAACUAUUUUGGCCACAUCUGCGGAGUACAACAGUGGUUUCUUGAAUUUUUUGCUUUUACUGACAAGCCUAAUGCAAUUUUUUUGUUGCCUUCAAUAGUGCAACUUUUAAAUAAUCCCAUUUCUCUUGGACUCCAUUUAAAUUGCUCCAGUCUGAUAAUGACUCCUCUACCCAUAUUCUAUCAUACAGUUCUUUGGAAGUCUUGGGGAUUUGGAUCAUAUCGCCCUUUGUGGCACAUAAGAUCCCAAAAUACAGAGCCUGGAAUGGCUCUAAGUCAUGUGAGUGGAACUCCUACCCCAUCUCUUCAUAAUAUGUUUUUAAACAGUUCACACUAUGUUGUGUAUUUUCUGUUUUUUAGGUAUCCUGUGAUAUUCAUAUUCAGUAUAUACGUUUGUAUUUAUAUUUAUAUUUAUUCUCUGUGUCACAAGGUUUUUUCCUUACUGGUAUAUAUAUUUUUUCUUUAAAUGCCAAUUAGUUCUUUUACCAUUAUGUGUAUUCUAUUUUAAUUCUAAAAUUACUACAUUAUGGUCUAACCAUGUUGUUUCCCUUAUUUCUAUCCUUUUAAUAUUUUUGGUCAGGAUUAUCAUAACCAGGAAAAGAUCUGUUCUGGAGUAAGAGUAAUUUGUCUCAGAGUAACAAAUUAAAUCUUUCUCUGUUGGAUUAUAUAUUCUCCAUAGAUCUAAAAAUGUAUUAUUUUUUAACAAUUUUAGUAAUUGUACUGACUCAUUAACAUUUGUGUUGUUUUUCAUUGUUUUUAUAGUUGAAAUUCUAUGUAUCUUAGCAAAUAAAAUUUCCUCCUAAGAUGCUUUGGGUUAGUAAGAGGGUUAGUAAGAGGCUUUGAGUGCAUUUAUAUAGUUAUAGUUUGGCAUAACAGACGCACAGUCGUAUUUAUCGGCAUUCGUAUUUACCGGCUAACCUUACCCUGAACCCCAUUAAGACACUGACACAGGUUAUACUGUUGGAAAUAUUAGUCGACAGCUUUAUUAAUAAUUAAUUAAUUAAGAAAUAACAACUAGGGCCAUUGCUAACAAAUAUUAUUAAAGCCAACAUCCCCACAUAUACAUAACAUACCCCUGGCAAUAACCCCACAAUAUCAAUCAAUUAACAUAUUAACACAGAAACUGGCAGUCCAAUAUGACCACAUUUCCAACAGAUGAAAUUGUAGGGAUGUACCAUGACACUGCUACCCACAAGUUCAAUUGCAGGGGUGUACCAAGACAUCGCUACAGCCCUAGGUUUGGAGCCACCGACGGGCUCGAAUCUACAAACCAAGUGUAACACAGCCUAAUCCACACUAAACCUCAGGAUGCCCACUUCCACCUCUAUCUACCCCCCCAAUUUAACCUUGCCAUGCCCCACUAUAGCUCAGGACUUGACACUUAAAGCUCCUGAGCGCCCCCACCACACAUAAACAAGGCCUGUUGAAGGCCUUCCUCAAGGCUGAAAAUAAAAAGGGUCACACCACACAUCCAAAAGAUGUAAACCAUCCCUCCUGAAGUAACCAGGAAGCAUGCCUUCCCCUGUGCCUCACUGCUACUCCACCUAAAUGCCUUAUAAAAACCUCCAUCAUUUUAUUGAUUUGUCCCCAACACCACGGAAUCAUGCCACCACAGUCGGAUCCUUGGCAUGUCGCCAGUGAAACCGAGGAACCAUCUCGGACCACACCACCACCACACCUGGAGCUAGCUCUCAUAGCCAGUUCACAUUCCUCUUCAUCCAUCUGACCAAUUCCUUUUUUGGGACCAUGCCCAGAUCAUUACCUCUAGCAUUGGUGCCCCUUGCCACCUUCCGGAAAAUUUCCCCACUAAUGCCUUGCCAACCAAAACUCCAAAAACCAAACAACUCCAGUGUCACCAACUCCAGAGGAAAGUCCAGCUGCACUCCUUGUUUCUCCUAGUCAAAUAAUGCGUAGGAGACAGAACACAGGACCGCAUCAAUGUCAUCAUUCACCGAAGAACCUUUCGGAUAUGACAAGUGAUGGAUCAGGUGGAACUUACUCAGUUCUUUCUUAGGCACCAUGCCCAAAAGUGAAAUCUGCAAGCCUGCCAAUGGAGGCUGUUAGAACGGCCCUGCUAUCCUAACCAGCUGAACCUCUUUAGCCAAUUUAUAGAACCACCUCCGGAUGCUCUGCGACCGACUUCAAGUUGUCACUCAAUUGACUCAAAACCCUUUCCUUAAAAGGAAUAACAAACUCUCUUAAAAACCCAUCCUACAAUAACUGCGCGUCACCCUGGUUACCGUAACGGCUUAGCCAAGGCACCAUCAUGCCGACAUUCACUGGGGUUGCCCCCAGUGGAAGUGGAUGGCGCCACUGCACCCCCGGUUCUGCCGGCAGAUGCAGACUUUCCCCACUUGAAGCACCUGUUGGGCCGUGGGCCCCCCCACAGCCCAAACAUUUGUGCUUAAACUUACACAAGGCACCCUACUUGCAGCAUCCUUCAUUAAACGUUCAACAGAACCCUUUAUUUUGACUGGCCGACGAAGAGGAGGUUGAUCCAACGCCGGCCCCACCCUGAAAGGGUACAGCUUUCUGGGCAUUCAUCAGUUUCAUCCAUAGAGGUACGUCCAUCUGGUCCCACCGCAUCCUGGGAUUCACCGACAACCUUUGGUGGAACUGCUGGUCAUAUUUUCACCACGCUAAACCUCCAUAAGUACAAUAAGCCUCCCAGAUCCCAUCCAAAUAGCAGAAAAGCUGAGAACAUCGCUCGGAAAUUUCUCUCCCAAAACACUAGUCAAAAUGCAGAAUACCUGAAGCCAAAUCCCAAAAGACUUGGGUAUCUUCCGAUACCCUCGCCUCUUUUCCUCCUCCUCUUUCUUAUCUUCCUCUUUCAGAUCAAGAUAUUCAUCCAAAGGAAGAAGCAAGAAGAUCUCGAGGAAUUCACUCUGCCAAAUCUUUUCCUUCACUUCCGAUUUUAGAUGACAACCCAAAGGCCCAAUGAAUGACACGUGUACAUUCUGCCUGGCUACCUCAGGGAUCUCACCAGUCAACUCCACACGCUCGCUGACCACUGCCGAUGUCCCUGACCCGAGUGAAGUCACUGUAGUCCCACCCUAAACAUUGCCUGCCCCAGCCACCGGAAACGUCAUAGCCUCCCCUCUCCCGCCUGCCGGUGGACCCCACAUCCAACUAAAAUGUGCCUCCUGUGUAUCCACACCAGCCCAAGUGUUAAGAAAGGCCCUCAAGCUAUCUAAGAGAUUCCCGGAGUGUAGUACAGAAGAAGACUGACUGUCAGAACCCCUGCCGUAGCCGACCGCGGGGCUGCUGUCCUUCCAUCCACCUUGAGAGGUUCAGGAGUGGCGUUAUAGAUUCUGCAUCUGGCCAUCUGGUCCCGCCUCAGGACCGUAGGAGAAAGAGUUGCUGACCUGCAGGAAGAAGACAACCUGGGUAGUCUGCUCAUAGGAGCCCUUCCCAUGUUCCCGACCACCUUCCUUUUCCUCACAAAGUUUGGCUGCCUGGCCAAAUUGGGCAUACGAGGUAAGCCUACCCUUCUGAUAACUCCUACUAGGCGACCUUGAAGCCCUGCACCGUUGAACACCCCCUACUGUAAUGCCUGACAGAAGGGCUCCUGUCUCCGCUGCGGUGAACGACCGUGGGCCGUCUAUCCUCGCUGCGCCUGGUCCUAUCCAUGGAAUGAUCCCGAGAAGUAGCCUGGCCUGGGACACCCAGUGACUUGCUAUCCCUCAUCCUAGAGCGGCGCUCCCUGUACUCGCUCCGGAUCCACCACCGGCCCACCAGAAGGCACAGGGGAUGCCAACCGCUCCUGCAGAAAGCAACUCCACGCUCCCUCACCGCCACAUGAACACCUGAAAAAAAUGAAAAAAAACCUACCCAAACCUGAGACAACUAACAGGUAAGUUUAGGUUUAGUUAAGAUGACCACUUCACAAAAUGGCCGGUAUAACUUCUCCCAUUGUAGCUCCACUCGCCAGCUUACUAGCUGUCACUCAACUUCCUUCAGCAGUUAUGCCUACCUCCUGGCUAUGUCAAGGCCCACUCCCCUAGCUGUGCUAAUCCAUGGGCUACAUUAUUUUGCCUAUGCUAUUUAAAUUGCAAUAUGUGCUUUCACUGUUUGAGAACUCACUAUUUCCCUAUUUGUACAGUAGCUUAUUUUACCCCUGUUAACUAGACUCUUUGCAAAAUUAUUAAUUCACUGUAGUUAGCAUAUAUUGCUUAUGAAAAAAAAAAUGUUUUUAACCCUCAAGGGUUACUGCUCAUUCAGUUGUCUGUAGAUCUUUCAAUUCAGCGAAUACUCAGUUAAGCAAAGUAUUGUACGAAGCCACACACCUUUUUCCUUCUCCUCUUAUCCUUGACUCGUGGACAGUCAGACCUCAGGUACAGCAGGUUCUCAGAGUGAAUUUGUUAAAACUUUCUUCGAUCUCUCAGAGGCGCCAGCUGCUUUCAGCGUCUCCUCGCUUCUCUCAGAGCUUUGACCUGUUGAGGCGGGUCCCUGUAGUUCCCUGGCUGUGCGAAAUGAUCAUGCCCCAUGAUUUUAGAAGUUACUUAAUAUUGGUGUACAUAGUAUUCAGAUUGGUUUUACAUAUGUUACAUAUUACUGGUGUGUAUGGGAUAGUUUGGAAUAGUAGGAUCCUUUUAACUUGAUCUAUGAGGGAGAUAAAACAGACAUCAAUUAAAUUAAAAUUCCCCUAGGUUUUAACUUGAUUCUGUUAAAGUAUCUAAAUGUGCACUAAAGAACUCACACACACAUCUUUUUUACAUGCAUAUAAAUUAGAAGACUGAAAAACAUACAAUCACAUGUCCUUCAUCUCCUGUCAUUAGCCUUAUUUUGGAUCAAACCAGAUAGUGUGGUAUACAAAACAAAUUUGCCUCAAAUUAGAGUAAAUAAAACAGCAGUAAUCUCCAAUAUGAAAAAGAAAACAAUAAAAACACACAUGACAUAGAAUUAUUUUGCUUGUGGACUUAUCAGGUAUUUAUAAACUGUACCUCAAGCUGUAAUCACAGCAUUUCUGGUGCAUCUAACUUGAUCAUUCAGAGACCAAGAAUGACUUCAUCCACCCAUAAACACUAUCAUCUGCAUGAUAUAGAUUCAAAAAGGUUUGCUGAAAUAUAUUUAUCUGCAACAUCUGAUGCUUUGAUGUUGGAUGAGGUUUUAAAAUUUCCAGUUGAAGAGCUUUUUAAGGAAGCUAAGGACGGUAUGUUAAUAUCUUAUUUAAUAAUGUUUAGCAACAGAUUUCUGUUUCUAGGAUUUUAUUAACGAAAAAAGGAAUGGAUAUAGAGCAUGAAAGUACAGAAGUUUUUGGAUCAACAGCAAAAGCAUAUGUGAGGACGCAAGUCUCUUUUCAGCUCUGUAACUAUGUUAGUCAUAUGUAAAGACAAUCAUUACAGCACAUUUUUACAUAUUUUUACACAUAGUUGAAGGUUAAUUUAAGAGCCUCUUUAGAAAAAUUGAAGAGGAAUUAAGACUUCCUGGAACCAUAACCACUUAAUGAGGAUACAAUAGUUAUGGUCCCUGGAGUGUUACUUUAAAGGAUUGACAUGCAAACUAAAAAUGAUAUAGGUGUUGUAAUAUUAUUUAAUGUUCCUUUUACCAGGUCUCAUUGGUGGGGACCACUUGAUUGACAUCUCAGUGGGUCCAAGUGUAAUCCAGAUGUUCCUAAUUUUUGAAUUCUUCAAGGAGAUCUCUAUUUUAGAAUUCAGUGAUGUAUGCGUCAACGAUGUGCAGAAGUGGGUGAACGGCCAUGAAGAUGCGUUUGAUUGGUCUUUCCUGUCCAAAUAUGUAAUGGAAUCUGACGGCAACAGGUGACAUUUUAAUAUGACAGUUGUUGUUUGAUAGCAAAUAGCAUUAGUCUUUGGAAUGAUGAGAUCUGAUUCAUAUGUACAAUACUAUUUUCUCUAUACAAUCGCACCAAGCGGACUUUCUUCAUCCAAGAAUAUUAUAAUGCUUCUUUAUGGGAAGACUUAACUUCAUACGACAUUGCCAUGACAACAACUGUGAAGACUGGUAUUUAUUUACAGUUUUUACUAACACAUGCUUCUUGGGGCUCUCUGACAACCAUUAGAGGCACACAGACUGUGAAAUAUAAAUAGUGCUGUUUCUUACAAAUGGCAAUGCUUACAGCUGUCUCAGAACAGGGAGAUCAUUUACGUACCAAGACCACUACAUUAAGCUGUAGUGGUUUUGGUGUUUAGCGUGUAUUUUUAAAGGAACCCUCUAAGCAGCAUAACUACCAUGCCCACUGUAGUAGAGGUGCCAGGACUGCCAGCAUCCUCUGCCAAAUUCCUUGCUGCUGGAAGCUCCUGCAAAGAGCUUCUAAUUAGCUCCACUGCGCCAAGCCCUGUCAGUUGUUGCUCUCAGCCAAAUAGUUUAUCACAGUUGCAGGGGCUUCUAGCAGCAGGAGAGGUUUCUACUCUAGUUAUUACACCUACUCUGCGAGGGUGACUGGACAUUCAUGGCACUGUUACUAAUUCUGCAUGCUGAAGUAGUUAUGGUGCUUUGAGUCGUGGUACUGUGUGGUAUAGACUUGCUAAUAAAUGAUGGGGCAAUAGAUGACACAGGUUUGAUUCUCAACAAAAGGAUAGUUUCUGGUUAUAACAGGUUAUUUAGCAAACUGAGAGUUCAAAGUGAAUUACAAGUUUUAGGCCAAAGUAGCCAAACUGAAAGUAUAGAGACAGAGAUUUUUUUUCCUGUUUGGCUAUUUGACCUUAAAAUUGAAAUUCACCUUAAAUUCUCACGUUUGUCAAUAACCCUGUAGGUAUCCAAGUGUAAAUCUUUGUCUGUCUGUACAUUUUAGAGUGGCCUUUUAUUGUGGCCAGCCUAAGGCACACCUGUGCAGUAAUCAUGCUGUCUAAUCAGCAUCUUGAUAUGCCACACCUGUGAGGUUGAUGGAUUAUCUUGGCAAAGGAUAAGUGCUCACUAACACAGAUUUAGACAGAUUUGUGAACAAUAUUUGAGAGAAAUAGGCCUUUUGUGUACAUAGAAAAAGUCUUAGAUCUUUGAGUUCAACUCGUGAAAAAUGGGGGCAAAAACAAAAAGUGUUAUGUUUAUAAUUUUGUUCAGUGUAGCUGAACUGGAAAGAUUCUUAAACCCAGCUAUAGACACAGUAUGGCUAUUUUAGUCUAAAUGUUGUCAUUGAGAUUUCAGCUUGCUACGAUCUGUAAGUAUCUCACAGUGUACAUGCUGUGAUUUAUAUUUUUGUUGAGAGAUAAAAUUCUUCUUAAAGGGACAGUGCAGGCACUAUAACCAUUUCAUCUCAUUGAUUUGGUUAUGGUGACUGGAGUCUCCUGGCACUGUCCCUACAUUCAGUGUUGAACCAUUUCCCAGCAGAUUAAUCUUGAAAGAGGGUUCCUGGCUUCCAAUAGUCCAGCCCCACUAGCACGCGAUGCCGAUUCCUCUCACAGUCAGGUCAGCAUGUCCCACGCUGGCAAUAACUCCCCUUCCUAUGACACGAUGCACACGUAAUUACGUCGAUGAUGUAGGCCGGGUCAUUUUCACAGGGCCAGAACAUUUUCGGGUUGUUGCCUUAAAGCAAAAGACUCUCCCUUCUAAAAAGGCUGUCUUUUGCUUUGUUCUUUGCCCUAUUGUGGUUCUUAGUUUUCCCUAUAGUGCUACUUAUUUUCUCUCAGUGAUUAUUUGGCAUAUUUUCACUAUUGACUAUUCUGUUCUCUGGUUUCCUGACUCGGCUUGUAUCUUGACUUCUGUCCUUUCUGGUACGCUGACCUGGCUAUUCCUGUAUCGCUCUCCUGAUCUCUGGCAUUCUGACUUCUUUGGCUAUUCUGUGACUACUAUGUUAAGGCCAACCAUUCUAAGGUUCACUAAUAGGUUAUUAGGUUUUCUGUGGGUUUACAUACUGUGUGUAGGGGUUCUACGCAACUGUGAUAGAAUGCAAUGCAUUUACUGUAAUAACUGAAUUUUCAAUCUUUUUAGUGAUCGUUUUAAAGAAAAGGAAAAUGACCUACGUAGAAGGAUCAAACGCAUCUUAAAAUGUGAUUUCAGCAAAGCCAACCCUACGGACCCUGCUGUGUUACCAAAAGCUGAUUGUGUGUUGAGCCUUUAUGUAACACAUAUGGUUAGUGAAGAUCAUGAUGUUUACCGCUCUAACAUGAAACAAAUAGCUUCCAUGCUAAAACUAGGAGGACGCCUAUUAUUAUUUGGUGGUUAUAAUGGUGCAUUUUUCACUGUUGGUGAGGAAAAGUACCAUGUUUUAGGGUGUGAUGAAAAGUUUAUAAAAGAAGCUCUGGAAGAUGCAGGUCUUGCGAUUGAGCGAUGUGAGGUACGGAAAAGUAAAAUAGGCAAUGAGGUGGUAGCUUAUGAUCAUCUAUGUUUUAUUAGGGCUGUCAAAAAGAAAAAUAUCUAACAAUAGGGUAAAUGAACCCCUAUUUUUAAAUGCAUUAUAUAAAAAAUGCAUGACAUAAAAUGC